AUGGGACAGAGGGACCAGUCACACGUUGCACGCCGAUAUGAGAUACAGAAACAUCCCCAACACAAGAACAUCUACGACCCUCCAAAAUUAAUGAUCACGUAAUAUUAUUGUGAUUACAUCUAUGUAGUUUGGGUUUUACCAUUCUCACCUCUCUUGCUACCUAUUUUUCUUUACCAUUACCACAUCAAGCCUUUCUCACUAAAUGUGUUCAUAGAUUUGUUAAAUACCAGGGUUACUGUCAAUAAAAGUAUUUGAAUGAAAAUACCGGUACACACGCAUUAUAUAUCUGGAUAAAACGCCGAUGCCUUCACAUAGCAUUGUACAUAUGUCUCUUCCUCUAAUACUUUACUGAAAAAGGCAGCUAACUCAGCGGCCUUAUCUCACAUAAGUCUGCAAAAGUGGAAUAACCUUCAGGAAAAUAUAUCUGACACCAGUCUACAAUCCUGCAAACAUCUUCUUCAAUGUGUUGUAAAUCAAAAUUGAGUUGCAAUUAAAAUUGAAGUGUAUUGAUAAAAGGAGAAUAUUGCACAGUACAUGUGCUAUUGAUAACAAUAGGGGAAAUAAAAUCUCAGUGCAUUCUUCCUGGCAUGUAGUAAACAUAGUUGUUUUUUUACUCAAGGACAGAGGUACUGAAGCUUCAGAUCAAAGGGACUAUUGCGGGCAUUCUUCUCUUAACUACCUUGAUGUAGUGGCUGGUGCUGUUAGGUUAGGUUUCUGUUCACAAACCUUAAUUCACAAUUCAUUAAAGGAACACUAUAGUGUUAGGAAUACAAUGCUGUAUUCCCUGCUGAUGUAAAGUGUUAAGAAAACUUUUUUCCAUUAACCUGAUUCCAGCACCGAUUUCCCUCUGAGCUGGGCCAGGCUUGCCGACGUUAGCUGAUGGGGGAACCUAAUGUGAAUGCGCUGUGAGUGCCGUUUGUGCAUUAGUUCUUCCCCCAGAGGAAAGCAUGAACUCAAUGCUUUUCUGUGUUUUUUUUUUUUAAAUGCUGGACAUCCACAUUUAAAGUGUGAGGACAUCCAUCGUUGUUUCACCGAGUCAAGGUCCAUGAAACUGCAAGAAGCACAGCAAGAGGCAGUCUUAACACUCCAAUACAUUGCAGGGUUAAGGGAACAGCAACACUGCCACCAGACCCAUUCAAUGAGAUGAAGUGGUCUGGGUGCUUACAGUGUUCUAAGACUGCCGAGGGAUGUUCCUGUUCCUGCAGUAACCUUUACAGAUGCCCGCCUAAAGGCCUUGAAGUCAUGGCAGUAAAAAGCAACUGCUUACAAAUUUCUCAUAUUUUCAAUGAAUAACCGAGCAAACAAUAGAAUACAAUCUACACUUAGGUAACAAUAGGUAAAAACAAUAUAUAUAUAUAUGAGUUUUGAUCUUAUACUAUAUACUCCAUAUACACAAAGGUGUACAGAAUACGUCAUUUAUUUUCCAGUCCUUUUUUUAAUCAUAUCCUGGGAUGAGUGGAAAUCCUCAAUAAAAUGAUAACAUUCAUAAUACAAUCAACCUCAUCUUGAUCUCUCAAAUUACUGUUUUUAAGAAAAGAAAUAUACCAUUUCUAGUUUUCUUUGAGUGCUGUAAAGUUCACCAACUAUGCUUGCCAGUAAACAACCUUGGGGAAGGAAAAAGAACACUGAUAAACAUUAUUCAAUAUUGUUCUGAAUGCAAUUGCAAGUUUAAUGCGCCUGGCAUUCGUUUACCGUGGGUGGUUUGUUCAUAUAAUUGCGCCCUUAUUUUCAGUGAGACCAAAUUGUUGUUUUUCAUGAAUUUCCCUUUACCUCGGAAAUUAUUAUAUACCAUUAGCUCUGAUGAUGAUUACGCACUUAAACAUUAUAAAGGUUUCCAUUAUUUCCUAAAAAAAAUGUUCUAGGCCAGAAAAGCCUCUAGUGACAGAUGAGUUAUGCCAGCGGAACGAUCAUCAAGAAAAACAAAGAGUUUCUUUUCUACAAGAGGUAUGUACAUUGUGUCUUUAAUAUCACUUGUCAUAUUGUCAUUUAACAAAAAAUGUAGGAUGUCCCUAUUUAAACGGUUACUCCCAGCUCGAAACCACUUCAUGGCCACCUUAGUGAUUUGAAGACAAAUAAGCUCGUAGUUACACAGGGUACAUUUGCUUGUGUGCAAGCAAAUAUGUAUUUAAAUCUUCAGUUAUUCUGCUAUAAUUAUAUGGAGGCUAUGGUCACCAGAACAACUUCAGCAUAUUGUAUUUGUUCUGGAGAGACUGAGUAUAGUCAGUCACUGCAGGCUUUUUUUGUUGUAAACACUGUGUUUUCAGAGAAAAUGUAGUGUUUACAUUUCAGCCUAGGGACACCUCCUGUGGCCACUCCUCAGAUGGCCACUGGAGGUGCUUCCUGGGGCACAGUGCCUUUCCUCAUAGAUAUGUGUUGAAUCAAGAUUUACAAUUUAAUUGUUGAGCUGAGCAAUAAAAGAUAUUAUAAUAUAUAUAAUUGCUUACCCUUACUAUACCAAUAUACAGGUCUUGAUGUCCAGAGUGACAUUUGGCCCCACCACGGCCCCACCUCCUUGGUAUUCUCAGCCAAUCCAAUGCUUUUACUGUGAGAAAGCAUUCGAUUGGCUGAAAUCAUCAAUUCUGAUUAUGUCAUCUAAAGAGGUGGAUUGGGGCAGGUACAAUGCCAGGAGACCCAUAGAAAGCUGGAAAUAAGGUAAGUUUAAACGCUAAGGGAGGGGACAAGCCACCUAAAUGUUGGUUAUUGAUUUUAUAGUGUUCCUUUAAAUAUAAAUGAAUGUGUUGAAUGUUGUGUGAGAUUAAAUUAACCCUAAACAAACGCAGCAGGCUUUGAUGACUUUUGAUGGAGGUCACAACUAUUCAAAGACAAAAACAAAAAUAUUUUCAUUGUUAAACCACAAUAUUCUUUCUGGAAAGCUACGUUCUCCUGUAUUGACAGUGACAUUCGUGAGUAAAUUACAUAACAAAAAAUAGAACCAUUAGUUAUACAUUUAACCCACUCCAAGUAUGUAGGCUUCCAUCUUUCAUACUGGUUGUUUGUUGCAAAUGGGACGAUAAAUCUUUUUGCAUUUGGUUACAGUGUGAAUGUUUACUGAGAGUAACAAAACGGCUAGGACUCUGACUUCCCUUGGCUCAUCUGUCUAACACUGCUUUGCCCUGGCAGCUUGCUCAGGUUGAAGAAGAAAGAAGACAGCAGGAGAGAAAAAAUCUGCUGGAUGAGAACAUAAAGCAAGAAGAAAUCAGGGCGCAGUGGAGGAAUUUGCAUUAUAUAACACUCAAUCAAUGCCUAAGCAAGUAAGGAGCUUAAACAAGCAAAAAAACAACACGGUGGAAAAUAAUAUUUCUUUACAUAUACUUAUCAGUGGGCUCUCACUACCGUUUUAUCUAUUUUUGUCACUGUAUUUUGUGUGUGGUUGGGUGACCUACACAAGGUGAUAGUAGCACUUACUUUUAAACCUUUUACCUUUUUAUAUUUGUUAGAAAACAAUAUGUGCAUUAUAGUAAACCUUCUAAACAGACACUCCUAGCAAAAAAACUCUUAUUGUCCUAGCAUAGGUUACGGGUCAAAGGGGGUGCCAUGAACUAUUGAACCAUUGUACUUAAGCAAAGACACUCUCUGUGGGAUUUUGUAAAAAUGUCCUGCUUUAAAAAAAAAUGUACCACCCCCUGGUUAGCCCCCCAUAUUGAGAAUUUUAACAAAAGAUUAUUCCAUUUGUUAGAUCUUUGUUAGAUCAGAUUUGAUCAACAAUUUUUUUCAUUAGAGCUACUCUAAAAUAUGCGAUAUUAACAAUCAUUGUCAGGGGGGGCUAACCCGUAGCCAGCCCCCCCUCAACAAAAAUUUGUAGAAAAUGUUGUUGAUUAUGAUAGCUCUAUGUUAGAUCAGGUUUGAUCAGGAAAAAUUUUUGUUAGAUCUAGUCUAAUUACUGAGAUAUUGCAUAGAUAAUUAGGGGGGGCUGGCCCCCCUCAACUGAAAUUUGGACAGAAUGUUACUGAUUUUGGUAGCUAUUCGUUAGAUCAGGUUUGAUCAACUGUUUUUUUCGUUAGAUCUAUCACGCAAGAGGCGGUAUUCACUACUUAACUUUGUGGGCGUGACUACGGGUUAGCCCCCCCUCAAGUGAAAUUUUAAUUUUCUUGUAUUGAUUUUGGUAGAUAUUCGUUAGAUCAGGUAAGAUCAACUGUUUUUUUCGUUAGAUCUAUCACGCAAGAGGCGGUAUUCACUACUUAACUUUGUGGGCGUGACUAUGGGUUAGCCCCUCCACAAGUGAAAUUUGAUUAUUUUUUUUUUAUUGAUUUUGGUAGCUAUUCGUUAGAUCAGGUUUGAUCAACAGUUUUUUUCGUUAGAUCUAUCACGCAAGAGGCGGUAUUCACUACUUAACUUUGUGGGCGUAACUACGGGUUAGCCCACCUCAAGUGAAAUUUGAAAAAAAAAUUUAUUGAUUUUUGGUAGAUAUUUGUUAGAUCAGGUAAGAUCAACUGUUUUUUAGUUAGAUCUAUCACGCAAGAGCCGGUAUUCACUACUUAACUUUAUGGGCGUGACUAUGGGUUAGCCCCUCCUCAACUGAAAUUACAUUUUUUUUAAAUUGAUUUUGGUAGCUAUUCGUUAGAUCAAGUAAGAUCAACUUUUUUUUCCGUUAGAUCUAUCACGCAAGAGGCGGUAUUCAUUACUUAACUUUGUGGGGCGUGACUACGGGUUAGCCCCUCCUCAACUGAAAUUACAUUUUUUUUAUUGAUUUUGGUAGCUAUUCGUUAGAUCAAGUAAGAUCAACUGUUUUUUUCCGUAAGAUCUAUCACGCAAAAGGCGGUAUUCGCAAUUUUAUUUUAAUUUUGCACAUAAAUACCAGUAAAUUUUCAUAUCAAGCCACAGGUGACAUCAUAAUUUAGGAAUUUGCUUGGAUUUGCUAACACAAUGUGUAGAUCAUUUUCAAUAUUUUUUUUUAUUCUCUACAUGCACAGUAUUGAGGUGAUAAAGUUCAGCAUAUGCCCAGCCUAAACUUAUUAGUGAUAUUUGAAUACAGUUGCAAGAAAAAGUAUGUGAGCCCUUUGGAAUGAUAUGCAUUUCUGCACAAAUUGGUCAUAAAAUGUGAUCUGAUCAUCAUCUAAGUCACAACAAUAGAUAAUCACAGUCUGCUUAAAGGACCACUCUAGGCACCCAGACCACUUCAGCUUAAUGAAGUGGUCUGGGUGCCUGGUCCAGCUAGGGUUAACCCAUUUUUUAAUAAACAUAGCAGUUUCAGAGAAACUGCUAUGUUUAUUAAUGGGUUAAGCCUUCCCCCUAUUCCCUCUAGUGGCUGUCUCAUUGACAGCCACUAGAGGCGCUUGCGUGCUUCUCACUGUGAUUUUCACAGUGAGAGCACGCAAGCGUCCAUAGGAAAGCAUUGUAAAUGCUUUCCUAUGCGACGGCUGAAUGCGCGCGCAGCUCUUGCCGGCGUGCCCAGGAGGGAUCGAGGGAGGAGAGGAGGCAGAGAGCUCCCGCGCUGGAAAAAGGUAAGUUUUUAACCCUUUCCCCUUUCAAGAGCUGGGCGGGAGGGGGACCCUGAGGGUGGGGGCACCCUCAGGGCACUAUAGUGCCAGGAAAACGAGUAUGUUUUCCUGGCACUAUAGUGGUCCUUUAAACUAAUAACACACAAAGAAUGAAAUGUUGCCAUGUUUUUAUUGAACACACCAUAUAAACAUUCACAGUGCAGGUGGAAAAAGUAUGUGAACCCCUAGACUAAUGACAUCUCCAAGAGCUAAUUGGAGUGAGAUGUCAACCAACUGGAGUCCAAUCAAUGAGAUGAGAUUGGAGGUGUUUGGGUAACUGUCUACUUGCUGGGGAGAAACUACUUGGAUGCUGCAUUUGUCUGGAACGAUUCAAAUCUACACCCGAACUGCACCUAUAAUCACUCAGGCUCAGCAGUUCAGGAGGAAUAGGUGAACCGGGUAUCUACUAUAUCCAGCGUUCGUAACAUGAGUGACUUUAGCGAUCCGUUAAGACUAGCAUUUAGUUUGUACAACAUGAUUCCAUUAUCUGCUGGUUUUUCUCCCCAACAAGCAAACUUAUUUUCAAGUUAAUUUUCAUCAGAAUUAUUCAACAGACACUGAAUUUUAACAAAUUAAGGCCUUGACUUAAUAUUGUCAGAAAAGCUUUGGAAAGAUUUAAUAAUUGUAAAAGUUUAUCCAAAAAUAUUAAAUCAUUUGAAAAGUUUAUCAAACAAUAUUAAAUCAAGGCCUAGAUAUAACUUGCAAAUGUUGCUGCCCCAGAUAGAUUAUCCAGUAUCACAACUUAAAUAGUUUAGUCUGCAAUUCAAAAUUAUUUUCCUAAAAUGUGGAGUUUAGUAAAUCACCGUUAAAUCUGAAUGGCGAAGAGUACAAAAUGAACUCACCCGGAACUUUAACGUCAAAAUAGCCAAAUCAAAAAAAAAAAAAAUAGGUCUGUUCGGUUCACCUAUUUUGUCCUAAAAUGUUAAAUUCACCUUGAAUCUCUGUUUAUUAAAAUUUCUAUGAAUAAUCCUGAAUAUCUUUACUUAGUUCUUUACUAUGUUUAAUGGAUAGAUUUUAUUAAAGAUCUCAUUUUGUAAAACAACUAUUCUCAUAAAGUUUUGUAUUUUGUCUCCUUUAGGCCCUGGGUUUCUAGUUAUUUUAAGACCAUACCAAUGCGCAUCUAUUGUUUACCACUUGGGAGAAGACCUCAAUCAGCGGCAAAGAAGUUACAACAACGAUGAAUCAUAUGAAUAUAUCAUGUCUGUUGAUUUCUAACUACAUGCAAUUAAAUAAUGUCUGUUGAGUUCAAUCUAUGUGUAAUUAAAGUGGUGCAAUAAAGGGACACUGUAGUCACCAGAACAAUUAAUGUUUAACAUAGUUGUUCAGAGAAAAGGUAGUGUUUACAUUAUUGCCUACGAACACCACUUGUGGUCACUCCAAAUGGUGCUUUCUGUCUCCUUGGCGAUCUCAGCCAAUCCAAUGAUCUUCCUAUGGGAAAGCAUUGGAUUGGCUGAGAUCUUCAAUUCUGACAAUGUCAGCCAAGGAGGCGGAUUGGGGGCAGGGCAUUGGCGUACAUACCGGGGUCGCGGCUGCGACCCGUUAUGUAUGCCAGUGUGGCCAGCCUCUUCUCCUGGGGGGCCCAGGAGUUGACCACCUCAGGGCCCCCCGAGGCUGGCCCUGGUAUCACCGGGCGGGCAGGCUGGCGCGCGCGCGAGGGAGCACUGUCCCCUGAGUGCCCCCCUCUUCAGCUCCCUUCAGAUGACGUCAUAUUCCGGCUCCAGCAUCAGUACGCGGCGCGCAAGGGAGCUGUAGAGGGAGCACUCAGGGGACAGUGCUCCCUCGCGCGCCCGCCAGCCUGCCCGCCCGGUGACACCACUGGACCCCAGGGAAUCCCCUCAGCACUCCAAACGGUAAGGAUGCUGGGGGAUUCAAUUUAAAAAAAAAACAUGUGUGUGUGUUAGUGUUAGUGUGUGUGUGUUUUAGUGUGUGUGUGUGUUAGUGUGUGUGUCUGCUAGUGAGUGUCAGUGAGUGUGUUACUGUGUGUGUCUUUUACUGAAUGUGUUUGUGUGUGUCUGUUAGUGAGACUGUUUGAUGUUUGGUAGUGAGUGUGUGUUUGUCAGUAAAUGUGUGUGUCUGUUAGCUAGUGUGUAGUGUAUGCGUCUGUUUGUGAGAGUGUGUGUGUGUCUUCAGCACUUACCUUUAUCCUCCGCCUCUCCGCUCGGAAUGCGCAUGCGUGGCAUUCAAACCGUCCAUAGGAAAGCAUUACUCAAUGCUUUCCUAUAGACGUUCAGUGUCUUAGAAUCGCGGAAGCUCCUCUAGCGGCUGUCAAUGAGACAGCCACUAGAGGCUGGAUUAACCCUCAGUGAAACAUAGCAGUUUCUCUGAAACUGCUAUGUUUUCAGCUGCAGGGUUAAAACUAGAGGGACCUGGCACCCAGACCACUUCAUUGAGCUGAUGUGAUCUGGGUGUCUGUAGUGGUCCUUUAAGUGUGUGUGCAUCUGCAUGCACUGGCGUACAUACCGUGGUCGCAGGGGUCGCAGCCCUGCAACCAGGUGCCCGCUGCCAUGUGUUGCAGCCCCAGCCCACGCAGAGUGCCCCACGGAUCAGUUUUCGCACCAUGGCCCUAUGGUUCAUGUUUAUGCCACUGGGGCAGGGCCAAUGCCGAUGGACCAGUGCGGCGCUGUAAAUAAGAUAAGUUGUCUUACCUUUUAACCCCUUAAGGACCAAACUUCUGGAAUAAAGGGGAAUCAUGACAUGUAACACAUGUCGUGUGUCCUUAAGGGGUUAAGGGGGGUAAGGAGGUGCAAGGUUUUAACACUUUAGGGUCAGAAAUUUGUGUUUGUGUUCCAGACCCUAUAGUGUUCCGUCAAAUCCUAGUGGUUAUGUUGCUUAGAAUGACCCCUUUAUCUUUAUGCCAGACCACAUUCUGCUCCCUACAACAGAUAAAUAAAACAAAAAAUCAAAGUCAAACUUUAAAAUACAUAUCUAGGAGCAGGGACUGACUAACAUCAUAAGUACCUGUAGGCACAGAAUUUUCACAUGCCCCCACGUCACUACUACCCUCCUUUCCAAGCUAAUAAAAAAAGUACUUGGACUUUUAAAUAUGAUAAAAAAUUUUUAGAUACACACACACAUAAAGAGUGAGUGUGUAUGUAUGGCGUGUGCGCAUGUUUAGCUGUGUGCAUAUCUGUGCGUAUGUAUUUGUGUCAGUUUUUAUGUAUAGUGUGUGUAUUAGUGUGUGUGUGUGAGAGUGGGUAGCAGUGUGUUUAUUGGAGUGUGUAAAAGUGUGGGUAGUAGCCGUAUAAAUUAUUAGAACUUUAAAUAUAGAAUAAAGCUACCCUAUUUACCCCCAAUGCUGGGUAUAACUCACAAAAACAUUAAAUGGACACUAUAAGCACCAAAACAACUUGAAGAAAUUUUGGUGUAUAGAGCAUAACCCUGCAGUCAUGAAAAUGAGGAGGAAGGGAAUGGAAUCACCACUUGGAUAAUAUACCCCUAGUUAUUUUGAGUGCUUAGUCAAUUAAGGGAGAAACUAUAGUGUUGGAAAAACAAAGUUGUUUUCCUGGCACUAUAGUUCCCUAUGGUGCCCCCCUCCCUUGUGCCACAGACAUGGUCCAGAAUGGGUUAAGAACCCCUUCUGUCAGUUACCUGAUUCCAGCGCCAAUGUCCCGCUGAAAUGGUUAUGGUUCUGACAUCAGGACAGGCUAUAGUCUAUAGGCAUGCCUAUGGGCAUGUACCUACUCUGUCUUAUGGGCAAGCACUAGCAGGCCCUGUCUAGGAGUGAUCCUUAUGCUUUUAUUUAUGACAAACCAGCUUUUUAUGAAUGAAAAACAGCUGGAUGUUAUCAUUUGGCACCAAUAUCACUCAGGAUACAAGAGAAACAAGCCAGAUAGAUAAUAUUGCAUUCCACAUUAUUACAACAAUAGUUCCUGAAAAGAAUGAUUUAAUCAUCUUACAUUUCACCGAGAAAUAAUUAUAUAAAUGCUAAUUUAAUAUCACAGCGUUUCUUAAAAUAUAGUCUGACCAGAUAUAAUAAUAACAAUUUUCCUUGGUAUUUGUCUCCUUGUUCAUGAUUUAAUUAUACAGUACAUAACACCCAACUUUUCAACUGGAGAAAGAGGGACACUGUAAUUUUAGGGGUGUACGUGUGUGUGUAGAUGCUCUGAGAAAUGUUUAAUGACUUACUAAUAGCAAUUUAUGAAUCUAAAAUGUAAUUUGGGACAAGAGCAAUGUUUCAUAUUUACACAGACUGAUUUCUAAACACAUUUAUUUUAGUUUAAGAAGACAUUACUGUGACUAUUUUUGUUGUGGAGCUUUGUUACACACGAAGACACACCAAUAAUAUGCAGCUCCUAGAAAACAGGGAUAUCAGGGCAGAAAUGGACAAAGGGAUUUGGUGUGCUUUUGGCAGAUGAAUCUAAAGACUGACAUCUCAAAAAAGUAUGGUGCUACCUAGGAGUGAGUUCAUGGGUGUGCCAAAGAGGGUGAACACGUUGCAGCGCACCCUGGCUCCUCACCUUUAAUGUCUACAACGUCCGUGGAUUAUCUUUACAUUCACGCAACCAGGUAGCUUCAGGAAGCUGACUGAGGAAGCCGUUUUUAUCGGUGAAACGCGUUUUGGCUAAAAGUGGACCUAUAUUUAGACCACUCAAUAUAUUUGUAUUGUUCUUAUAUAUGUUUUUUACUGUUUUUUCAUCUGUUACUUUUCUAGUAAACAGUUUAAAUAUACUUUUUAAAUAUUACUUUUCUCUGUAAUGAAUAAAUAUAGUUUUUAUACCCGUCAAUUCAACUUUAUCCCGCACAAGUGAUUCCAGAUAGGGGUAGUGUCACCCCAUAAACAGACACUAGGCUUAUAUACUUAGAACAAGUUACCAAAAGGCUCUAAAUAAGGUGAGCACUUUAAAUUGUAUUCAUAUUGGUAAAAUCAGUAUCUAAGGUACUACACUUAGAUUGGAAUAUCUGUGUCUUUUUUCGUAUGAUGUGGAGAGGAACAAACACACUUUUUCCUUGAGAGAGGGGUCGUGUGAUCUACCCUAAAAGACACAGACGUCUGGAAGUUUAGAGCCUUACAACUGUAAAAGGCUCUAAAAAAUGUGAGUUCAUUUAAAUUUAUAACUCACGUAAUAAUUCUUGGGACAUUUUUUGAUAUACUGCACUAUUAUUUGCAUAUCUUUUCUAUUUCCCUUAUAUGUACACUAUAAAACAAAGUGUGAUAUAGAGGGUAAGUGCCUUUAAGCACUUUAUACAAGACUCUACUUAUUUCACAUCUAGAUAUAGCGCUGCACUCCUAAAAACUGAAGAUUUAAAGGGUAUAAACACCUGCUAAAUCUAAAGUUUUUUUUUGUCUGUUCUGGUGAUCUUUUAUGUGUGGUGGGUUAAAAGGCGUACCCACAAAGUGUAUACAGCAGCUACAAUUUAUUCUGAAAACUAUACGCUAAAAUUAUACAGCGCCACCAUUUCCACAUCCUUUGUGCGUAUAUCCGAUUUUGAAAAUGUGUCUAAAGUAUUAAAGGGAAUUUGGAUAAUAUAGAGAAAUUUAUAAUUAUCACUAAAAAGUAAGAAUUGAAAUGGGUCAAGAAAAUUAUCAGACUCGGAAUUCUAGAAAGUGGCCUAAAAAGUAAAAGUUAAACAAAAGAAAGAUGCAAAAAUAUCCAAAUGUUACAUUCCCCUAGAGUGAUAAAAGAGCAGUUCCCCAAAAGAAGCACAAUAAAUGGUAUGAAUAGGAGAAGGUCAACAUCUACAAAUGUCCCCUUUUUUGUAUUGCUGCACAUUACUGACACACGGACUAAAGAAACACUGUAUCUGGACAUGAAACUUGAUGUUUAGAGCUUCUACACCUUUCCCUUGUGAUUUUCUUUGCUGGCAGUCAGGUAUUUUGCCUAGUUAAAAGGACACUAUAGUCACCAGAACCACUACAGCAUAAUGUAGUGGUUCUGGUGUCUAAAGUCUCUGCAAACUUUUCAGUGUAAAUGCUGCCUUUUCAGAGAAAUUAGCUCGUCUAUCAUCAUUAUUGUGUCUGCUCCUUAUUUAUUGCAUUAUAUUUGUUAAAUGAAAAAAGAAUGAUUGCCUACCAAAGAUGUGGAAAAUCAACAAGGGAAAACUGAAAGCUGCUGAUCAUUUUUACCUACACAUGAGCAAAACACAUCUGCAUUCCAUUAGGAUCACCCUGGGUUUUAAAGGCUCAUUUUUGGGUCUUGAAAAUUAUUUAAUGAAUAAAUGUUUAUAUAGGAGUGGUCAAACAGUAGACCUCGGCUACUGCAGAUCAAAGCAUUAUUUGAAGUUCUGCAACAGCUGGGGAUCUAUUUCAUUGCCACCCUUAGUUUCAUAAAACACAGAUUAUGCACUACAAAUAUAACUGUGGAUAAUCAAAAUGGCCUGCAUGAAAACAAAAUGUUUUCAAUCAGAUGGUAACCUACUUUAGAAGUGUGUAUCUCCUGCUCUGUAAAUUGAACUUUAAUCACACACAGGAGGGUCCUGUAGGGUCUAGAAGGCUAUUAACAGUGCAGGAGAUAGGAAAUUCUGAAAUUAAACAGACUGUGCACUAAAGGAAGUGUAAACCUUAGGUCUCACUUGACAGCACGUGUUUAAAAAAUUUGUGCAGGUUACAUGCAGGGAGGCAUGACUACGGCUGCAUAAACAAAGUGAUUUAACUCCUAAAUGGCAGAGAAUUGAGCAGUGAGACGGUAGGGGCACAAUCUAUACACCAGAACAGCUUCAUUAAGCCAAAGUUGUUUUGAUGAUUAUAAUGUCGCUUUAACAAAAAAUGCAGACUGGUAGAAUUUGUCUAGUUCAAGGGAAUAUCUUAACUUCCCCUGUCAGUUCUAGCUUUAGUAAAUAACCACUCAAGCUCUUUUUUUUUAACACAAAAAUAUCAAUUUUUUUUUUAUGGACUGGACUUUGGGUACACUUUAGACUAGUUCAAAUAAUUUUGUUGGAUCUAACCAUCGUUUUUUCCCCCCAGCAUGACCCAAGUAAAUGUUUUCAGUAAAUAAUUAAAAGGAACACUACCUCAUUAAGAUACAUAUAAAAUAUCUUUCAUAUACAGAAUUUAAUGAAAGGAAGUUUUAUGCCUGAAAAUACGGACAUUCUUUCCAAAAAGCUGUGGAGAAAGCUGAAUUGAUGUUAUGUCUGAUAAUGAAGUAAUACAGACAUUUCUUCUGGAGACUUAAUGUUAACCUAAACAUAUCUAAGUUAGCCAAUGACAGUGUUACAUAAAAAAAUACCUUAAUGAUCUUGAAACAUUAUUUAAAAUGGUUCUGCAAUCAGUAGAUUGUAACUUAUGCAACCCUUAAGGGCUCCGCAAAUCUGAAUCUAUUUAAAGAGUCACGUUUGAUAAAAUUUUUCAGUUAUGUGAAUAAGCUGUCAUAUAACAGUCAUUGCAAUAAAUUCUGUCCGUUGCUCCUGAAACUCGGGAAUGAGAAGGCAUAUUGAGAAGAAUCGAAAUAGAAAUCAAACAAUGUUUCUGCUCUUCAUUUGCAAUCUUUGCCUUGUGAGAACUAGAUUAUGGUGUAAUUUGCCAAAUCUUUAAUAGAAAUGUAAAAGAAAACCGAAUAUCUCAUGAAAACAAUGUAUAUGUAAUUAUGAAUUUGAAAAGUAUCUAAUUCUCAGGAGCACUUAUUAACUUGUCUUAUUAACUUGUGUUCUUGCUAUGACUCAUGCACGUGUAUUCAAGAUUUAUAUGCUGUGCCCAGAUAAAAUCCACUACACAUACACUAGCCAUACUAGUAACCCAAAACUAUUUGGUGAAAUGGACCUUGCAUAUUGUUCAUUCUAGAUUUAAGUAUGCCUUUUUAUUUUUCACAACAUGUCUGCAAAAGUAUUUAAUAUAUAAUUAGGAACCUGAAUCUCUUUGUCACAUGCAUUGAUGUUAGUCUUUUUUCUUCCUAUUUCUGGCUCAUUAAGGGAUUUUCAAGCCAUGUCUCAUAUGCUAAACACUGAUAAGGAUAAAGCAGGCACAUGACUGAGUUCAUAUGACUGGUUAGUUAUAUUCGAAACAAAUAUACAUACUUGGGAAAUUUUCUGAACACUCUGCCCUAAGAUCUCCUCUUCUAGGCACACAAAAAUAGGAGUCACGAUCCUGAACAUAUAAUGUUUUGUUUUUCUAUAGAACAUUUCAGAAUAAAAAAUAAUCAUAUUUUGAAUGCGGUUUCAAAAUGGCAAUGCUUGGUGUUGUAGCUUAAUCUAGAAUACAUUCAGUACACUCUCAACUGUUCAAAACCCUUAAAAAACCAAAGGUCUGUUUGGGUGCAGGAAGUGCCUCCAGUUGUAUGCAGACUUAGUGCUGCAAUGUAAAUAUUUUAGUUUCUCUUUAAUUGCAUAUUUUUACAUUGCAGCACUAUGUGCAAUAGGGACACUGCACCAAUACCACUUUAAUGAGCUAAAGUGGUCUGGGUGCCUAUAAUGUCCCUUUAAUGGAGCAGUUUUUGUGUAUAGAUUAUGUCUCUGAAGUUUUACUGCUGAAUUAUCUGACAUUUAGGAGUUAAAUCACUUUUGUAUUUGUUUAUGCAGUCCUAGCUACACCUCCCCUGGCUGUGACUGACACGUCCUACAUGAAAAAAAAUGGUUUCACUUUCAAUAAGAGAGUAACAUACUUUAAAAGGUUUUAUCUAGUCCUCUCUUAACUGAAUUUUAAUCACAUACAGGAGGCUCAUGCAGUGCUGAUCAUGCAAUUAACAGAGCAGGAAAUAAGUGUAAACAUUAGAUGACUCUUUACAGGAAGUGUUUAGAAAGGCUUUGUAGGUCAUGUGCAGGGAGGUGUGACUAGGGUUGCAUAAACAACGUCAUUUAACUCUUAAAUGGCAGAGAAUUGAGCAGUGAGACUGCAGGGACAUGAUCUAUGCACCAAAAUUACCAUUAAAGGUUGUUCUGGUGACUACAGUGUCUCUUUAAAAGUAAAUUAUAGCUUUAACAGGAGGGGGGACCAUGCCAAAAAGGGUUACAACAACCAAAAAUGUGUUUAAUUAAAACAAUGUUUCUGGUUGGAACAGAAUUAACCCGCUCCUUUUUUUUUUUUUAAGCCUAAUAUUUAGUACACUGGUACAGAAAUUACAUAAUACAAUUGUCUAUACAAUUUCCUUUUAUUUCACGUGAGUAGUCAUGUAUUGUGAGGUAUAAAAGGGUCAUUUUAUACGUUACGGUAAUUUAUUAAACUGGUGUGGGAAUAUAAUAUUUUAACCCCUUAAGGACCGAGGACGGUUCAGGACCGUCAUCGGCAUUUUUGCGUUGCCGACCGAUGACGGUCCUGAACCGUCCUAACGGUCAGAGCUACUUACCUGAUCGCCGUCGUUCCCCCGGCGGCGAUCAGCGUGGCUCCGGUUGUGGGGAGACUGCCUGCAGCCCAGGCAGUCUCCCCACGGCAGAUUAGGACCCCUGUGGCCAUGUGAUCGCUUAACACAGCGAUCACAUGGUCACAAUAGGUGUCCAUGUGUCUGCCUGCAGGGGGACUGUCUGUGCUGACAGGCAGUCUCCCUGCUAGUGUAAAAUAAAAAAAAAAUAAAAAAGUUAAUGUUAAUAAAAAAUAAAUAAAUAAUUAUAUAUGUGUAUAUAUGAUAUAUAGACAUAUAUUAUAUCUAUAUAAUAUGUCUAUAUAUCAUAUAUAUAUAAUGUCAUACUAAGUGUAUUUUUAUAUUAAUAUGUACUUAUAUUAAUAUAAAAAUACACUUAUAAUUAAAUUACACACGUAUAUAUAUAAUAUAUAUAAUAACUAUAUAUAUUGUAUAUAUAUUAUUAUAAAAUAUAAAUAAUAAGUAAUUUAAAUUAAAUAAAUUUUUUUUUAAAUAAUAAUAAAAAAUUUAAAAAAAAUUAUAUAGCUAUAUGAAAUUUUAUUCUAACUGUAUUUUAAAAUUAAUAUAUAUAUAUUUAUAUCAAAAUACACUUAGAAUGAAUUUGUAUAUAUAUCUAUGUAUAUAAAAAUAAAUAAAAAUAAUAAGAAAUAUACAUACGUCCAUAUACAAAAUUACAUAAAUAAUUAUAUAAAUAUACACGUAGACUUCAAAUAUAUAAAUAUGCAUAUAUAUUUAAAUUCUACGUGCGUAUUUAUGUAAUAUUUUUACAUAAUUCAGUAAUUUUAUUGAUUGCAAUUUGAGGGACCUGCCUGCCAACCCAGGCCAAAAUUCCAGAGAAUUUAAUUUGCUAGCAUUGUAUUUUACCCUGUAACGUUCUACGACACCCUAAAACCUGUACAUGGGGGGUACUGUUUUACUCGGGAGACUUCGCUGAACACAAAUAUUAGUGAUUCAAAACAGUAAAACAUAUCACAGCGAUGAUAUUGUCAGUGAAAGUUACUUUUUUUGCAUUUUUCACACACAAACAGCACUUUUACUGAUGAUAUAAUUGUUUUGAUACGUUUUCCAGUUUUUAAACACUAAUAUUUGUGUUCAGCGAUGUCUCCCGAGUAAAACAGUACCCCCAUGGUUUUAUAGCAUUUUUGAAAGUUACAAAUUCAAAUAUAUGGGUCAAAUAUUUUUACAUUGAAAAUGGCCAGGUUGGUUACGUUGCCUUUGAGAGCGAAUGGUAGCCCAGGAAUGAGAAUUACCCCCAUGAUGGCAUACCAUUUGCAAAAGAAGACAACCCAAGGUAUUACAAAUGGGGUAUGUCCAGUCUUUUUUAGUAACCACUUGGUCACAAACACUGGCCAAAAUUAGCGUUCAAUUUAGUUUUUUUACUUUUUUCACACACAAACAAAUAUGAAUGCUUACUUUGGCCAGUGUUUUCGACUAAGUGGCUACUAAAAAAGACUGGACAUACCCCAUAUUGAAUACCCUGGGUUGUCUACUUUAAAAAAAAUAUGUACAUGUGGGGUGUUAUUCAGAGAUUUAUGACAGAUAAGAGUGUUACAAUGUCACUAUUGAUAAAUUUAAAAAAUGUAUGUUUUGAAACCGCAAUAUCCUACUUGUACCUAUAGCACUAUAACAUGCAAAAAAAAGCAAAAAAGCACGUAAACACUAGGUAUUUUUAAACUCAGGACAAAAUUUUGAAUCUAUUUAGCAGUUUUUUUCAUUCGCUUUUGUAGAUGAGUAAAAGAUUUUUCAAGUAAAAGUCAAAAAACAUGUAUUUUUUUUCAAUUUUUCAUCAGAUUUUUGUAUUUUUUUUAAAUUAAAAUACAUGAGAUUAUAUAAAUAAUGGUAUGUAAAGAAAGCCCCUUUUGUCCUAAAAAAAAAAACAAUAUAUAAUUUGUAUGGGAACAGUAAAUGAGAAAGCGGAAGAUUACAGCCAAACACAAACACCACAAAAGUGUAAAAAUAUGCCUGGUCGCAAAUGUACAACAUCGCAAAAACAGUCCAGUCCUUAAGGGGUUAAACAAAUUUUUCCACAUUAAACUCAGAAUGUUAGUGAAUUUAAAUUCAUACAGCAAAAUCUAAGCUAACAUAAUCAUGCUCUGUAGUGAAGUUGGACAAUUUUUUCAAAUCAGAUAUUUUUACCUAAAUUUCACCACAUGGAUUUCAAUUAAAGGCACCACUAUAGUGGUCCUAUAGUAAAAAGGACCACUAUAGGCACCGAGACCACUUCAGCUGGGUGCCAGUUCCCUCUAGUGUUAACCCUGCAGCUGAAAACAUAGCAGUUUCAGAGAAACUGCUAUGUUUCACUGAGGGUUAAUCCAGCCUCUAGUGGCUGUCUCACUGACAGCCGCUAGAGGCGCUUCCGCGAUUCUCACUGUGAAAAUCACAGUAAGAAGACGCUGGAUGUCCAUAGGAAAGCAUUUUGUGUUACUUAAAGGGAUUCUCCAGUGCCAUGAAAACAUAUUCUUUUUCCUGGAACUGCAGGACCCUCUAGUGCCCCUCUCCCUCCCACCCACCAUCCCAAGUUGCUGAAGGGGUUAAAACCCCUUCAGUGACUUACCUGAACCCAGUGCCGAUGUCCCUCAGCGAAGGGUCAGGCUCCGCCUACGCUCUUCCCCCACUGACAUCAGCAAUGGCCGGGCACUAGGCCUCCCCAUAGGAAAGCAUUAUACAAUGCUUUCCUAUGGGGAUUUCUGCGACGCUGGAGGUCCUCAUAUGGCGUGAGGACGUCCAGUGUCGUUUUAAAACACUUUUCGUUUUCUAUGAACACCGAAGUCCCUCUAGUGUAGUGGUUCUCAACCCAGUCCUCAAGGGCCCCCUACCAGUUCAGGAUUUAGGGAUUACCCUGUUGUGUCUAAAGUGUCCCCCCACCUAAAAACACAUUAGACACAGCAGGGUAAUCCCUAAAUCCCUGGUCAGUCCGAGAGUUGAGAACGAGUAGCUGAUUAGACAGCCACUAGAGAAACAAACACUAUAGUGCCAGGAAAACAUACUGCUUUCCUGGCACUAUAGGCUCAAUGCCCCCACCAGGGGACCCCUGCCGACUCUGGAAAGGGGGUUUAAACUUACCUUUUCCAGCACUAGGCGGGAGCUCUCCUCCUCCGUUCCGCCCCGUGGCUGAAUGCGCACGCGGCAAGAGCUGGCGCAUUCAGCCGAGCAUAGGAAAGCAUUCAUAAUGCUUUCCUAUAGAUCGCUAGCGUGCUCUCACUGUGAAAAUCACGGUGAGAAACACGCAGCAACUCUAGUGGCUGUCAAUGAGACAGCUAGAAACUUUGGGGAAGAGCUUAACCCAUUAAUAAACAUAGCAGUUUCUCUGAAACUGCUAUGUUUAAUAAAAUAGGUUAACCCUAACUGAGACCUGGCACCCAGACCACUUCAUUAAGCUGAAGUGAGUCAGGUGCCUAAAGUCAGUUUAACCCUGCAGAUGUAAAUAUUGCAGUUUAUGAAAACUGUAAUUACACUUGCAGGGUUGAGUAGUGGGAGUUGGCACCCAGACCACUCACAUGGGCAGAAGUGGUCUGGGUGCCUGGAGUCUCCCUUUAAAUUACAAGCAUUUAAAAACACUGUUAGCAUUUUUGUUUUUUUUUGAUAGACCACUAAACAGCAAACUGCAGUGAAUGAAAAACAAAUUUAACUAAAUGGGGCAGAUUCACUGAACUCCAAUUAUAGUGAAUUAAAAUCAGAAUGCUAAAAUGGAAGUUUAAAUAGCUUAUGAUGAAUUUUUGAAUUCACAAAAAAAUUAGAUUUUAAUGAAAAAGGGAAAAACAAAAAACUGUUCACUCUGGGUAGUUUCUGAAAUAAAGAAUCGUCAGCACAGGGGUUUGAACCCAGUCCUCAUUACCCUAACAGUCCAGGAUUUAGGGAUUACUGCGUCUAAAAGUGUUUUUCUUUUUUCUCCUUAGACACAACUAAGAUUUUCCCUAAAUACUGGACAGUUAGGGGUACUUGAGGGACUGGGUUGGGAACCCCUACUAGAAUGUAAGCUCAUUUGAGGAGGGCCCCUCAAGCGCCUUUGUUCCUGCUUCGACUAGUCUUGUUGCCAUUACGUGUCUGUUAGUCCACUUUGUACAGCUACAGAAUAUGUUGACCUUUAUAAAUAAUAAUAAUAUAACUGAACUGAAAUCUGACCAUAUUUAAAUCCAUAACCGUAGCCUAAUUUUUGCUAUAGUUCGGAUAGUAGUGUGGAAACCACCCAGCUACACCAAAAUAGUAGAGAGUGAAAUCAAAAUGUAGAUUUAUUUUUGCCUAAUUUGGAUUUAAAUUUCCUGUUACAUGGAUUCCUGUACUCUCUGUGGACCUCAGCCACUAAAACUCGCUGUUUAGUAGAUAAAGCCCAGCCAGGCCAGCCCAGGCUGGGAAGCUGAGUUGAAUUUGGUGUUUUAAGAUGUGGCACAUUGUGGUGUAUAGGGGUAAACACCCAGAGGGCUCCAUGUCCUCCCUCCAUGGCCUGGGAUUCCUGAUUGAGAAGCAGUAGCCUCCCCUCCUCCUCCUCCCUCACACACAGCCUGAGAGGGGAGCCCUGUAGGGAGAGCGUGCACCCCCUCCUCCACGCCCCCCCAGCCCGCCUCCUCCUGCUCGCUAGGCCCCGGCAGUUCGCGCGCCGCUUCCUGGUUACCAGCUGCCGUUGUCAGGGGAGGGAGGAGAAGGAGAAGCAGAGAGAGAGAGAGGGGUCACGGCGGAGGGUCAAAGGGGAAAGGUCACCCACCCAGCAUCCUCCGGGUUGGAUACACAGCCAUCUUGGUUCUGCGGGACAAGAAAAUUCAUGCGGUGAGUGUUUUAUUAAGCGGUGCCCGGCCGCCGGCCCGCUCUCGGUCUCUGCCUGCGGCUCGGAGCCGGCCCCGCCGCCAUGCCCGGGGAGCCCCGGAACCAGGGCCCGGUGUGAGGCUUCCCGGCGGCAGGUAGCCGGAGCGGCGGCAUAGGCCCCGGGGCCAGUGGGGAUGGCGGCUUUUGUCUGGUCUGUGGCCGCAGAGAGCGGCCAGGGCUCGGGGGGUGCAGGGGGAUAUGGGGGACACGGAGGACUGGGCCGCAGGCAGAGCCGGGGCUGGCGGGGACAGGGAGCUGGGGAGGCCGCACAGGCCUAAAGUGGGCUCACCGAGCUGGGCAGGCAGAAUAAUACAGACCGCAGGCAUGGCAGGCGGGGAUUCAGGCCUAGUCUGGGGGUACAGCCCUGUAGGGAGGACUGGGGGUUUAAUGUGGGAGAUCAUAGCUGUGUGUUUAUCAAGGCCCUGUCACCUCAAUUCACUGCAAAUCCUGACCAUAAAGCUGCCUGUCACAUAUACAACCAGGGGGCCAGGCACUGGUAAUUCAUAGUAUCUAUCACAGGGCUCCCCCAGCUUAAUGGACAGGGACCCAUAUUGUGUAUAUGGCAUUCACUGGGCAAUCCAUUCCUUAACUCUUACAUUAAUUAAUUAACUCAGGGAGCCAGUCUUUAAGUGUAAUGUAAUAGGCAUUAAAAUAAGUUUUGGGAGACACCUUGUUUAGACUCUUCACAGUGUCAGUAAGGAAGUAGAGAGUGCAGGAAAAAUAAAAAGGUAAUGUGUGUACCUGUCUGGGGGUCUGAUAAGUGUUUGCUGAAAUAGCAUGGGGGCCCAAUACUACUGGUAUAUUAUGUUGGUAAAGCUCUCUUGCUUGUACCGCUUCCUGGUCCUGGGUUCAUAAGGACAGGGGCUAUGUAUAUUAAAUAAAUUUAAAAAAGCAGUGAUGAUUUUAUGUAAACCCGGCAGGGAUAUCAUGUCACAGAUAUCUUCUUUGUAUCCAACAUAAGAAUGAAAAAAAAUAAAAAUUCAAAAAGUAAAAAAAAAUUAGCAAGCUCUUUACUUCUUAUUUUGUUGUAUUAUAAAUCACGUACUGUGCCCAUCAGAAGUCACUUUUUGGAUUAUAAUCAGAAUUCCAUGAAAGUUUCAGCAAUAUUACAAAGGAGAUCAUUGUCAAUAAUCGCAGAAUACACCUAUGAUUGCAGAUAACGUUAAAGGCAUGUCCCAUGCUGGCCACAGGCAAUUAGAAAACUUGUUUACUUGGUAUUUUGUUGCACAUUAUUUGCAAUAAUCUGCAGUGGCAUAUAAAGUCAAUAACACAUCUUGGGCCUGCUCUUUAUUGUGUUCCAGAAUAUUCUGCAGCACUGUGUUGUGAAUAAUUAUCAAAAACUUUUUUUUUUUUUAAUGGGGGAUCACUUCCUAAAAUAAUACAAACUAAAAACCAGGUAGAAGUGCAAGGGGAGUGUUUUUAAAAGAUGUAAAAUGUAUUGUCAACUGAUGAUACUAAGGGUGCUAUUAUUUUGUGUUACUGUCACUUUUUCAUGUAAGCAAAUCUGUUGAUCAUGAAUUACACGGUGAUCAUUUGAUCAAUUUUAAAAUCUGCGUUUUUUUAGAUUCCAUCUAUAGUUUUCUAAUUGUAGAAUCCAUGGCUCGCAGACUUUUAAUUCAAUAUUAAACAACCUCUGUCUUUUGUACGAGUUAACAUUUCAAUUUACUGUUAUGCCAUAUACACCUUGCCGUAUUCCAAAUAGAAAACAAGAAGAUAUUUUAAACAUUUAUCUUCCUGCUAAGUAUUAAGAGUGAAUGCAUAAUUCAUGCAGAAAAUGAAUUUGAAGUUCAAAACCUCUUGUUCUGGCAUAGAUACAGUACAUUAAAAGGGGGGAAACACAGCUAUGGCUCUAGAUAUAUUGCUAAAGAUAGCAUAAUUUGGCAUUAGUAUUGCACUUCUGUUUUUUUUCAGUGACAAAUCGUAUAAUACCACUUGACAAAAAGCACUGUACAUUGAAAACAAAUUUACAUUCUGCAUCUUUUAAGUAUUUGGGCAGUAUCAAAAGAUUUGUUGUUUUUACUUUUUACUCCAGUUCUUUGGUUUUUAAAUUAAAUUAUUACCGGGUACUACAAGCAUACAUUCUGGUUUACAUCCAAAUACUUUUAAGCAUGUAUGUUUUACAGUAAUAUCCUUAGCAUGGUUCCUCCAUGUUUUUAGUGAGUCAAUAGCAUUGGGCAAUUAAUACAAUCUUAAAAGUGCUAUAUUUUUUUAGUUUGGUUCCAAAUCCUUUGCAUCUUUAGACAAUGGGAAAAUUAUUCACCAAAAUGAUUAUUGACCAGGCAGUUGCAAAUAUUACCAGAUUCUUAAUUUGGCCUUGCAGUUGAAAUUCCAUCUUCAAAUCCUAACAAUUCAUCAUUUUAAUGAAUAACCCUUUUAUUCUUUAUUUGUACUAUGCCAGGUUUGUAUAGUUUUCUGGCUAUUUUCCGUCAUUACGAAUAUGCUAUACUAGCAUUUACAGAAUUUUAAAGGGACACUUUAGUCACCCAGACCACGUCAGCUCAAUGAACUGGUCUGGGUGCCAGGUUCCCCAGGUUUUAACCCUUCUGAUGUAAACGUAGCAGUUUCAGAGAAACUGCUAUGUUUACAUUGCAGGGUUAACCCAACCUCUCGUGGCUGCCUUCCUGACAGCCGCUAGAGGCCUUUCUGCGAUGCUGAAUGGGAAAAUCGCAUCCAGCGUGCAGAACGUCCAUAGGAAAGCAUUGAGAAAUGCUUUCUUAUGGACUGUUUGAAUGCGUGCUCGGCUAUGGCCGUGCAUGCACAUUCUGCUCCACUCGGGAGCUGACGUCGGCGAGGAGGAGAGGUCACCUGCGCCGAGGGAGCCCGGCGCUGGAUUAAGGUAAGUGGCUUAAGGGGUUUUAACCCCCUUCAGUGCCAAGGGAGGGGGACCCUGAGAGAUUGGGGGGGGUGGCGCUAAUGAUGAGUUUGUUCUCCUGACACUAUAGUGAUCCUUUAAAUAUAUUAUGGACAAAAUAAAAAAAAUGUGAAAUUAGGCUUUAUAAAUAAUUGUUUGCUUGCCUUAAAGGAGGGCUUGACAAUUUUUGAAAAUAUUUUUAUAAUUUGUUUUCAUAACAGAACUUUAUUUUCAACGACAAUAAUAAAAUUCUUAAAGGGAAAAUUUAUUUACCAGAACCACUGCUGCUUACUUGCGCAUACAUUUAUUUACCAGAACCACUGCUGCUUACUUGCGCACACAUUUACUGACAGGCACACACAUUAUCUCACACACUCACAAAUUAUUUGUUUUAAUGCGAUUUACGUCCACCUAGCCUCCUUAACUUUGGGAGAGCUGGAGUGGAUCCUUUUCCCUGGGGUCGAGUGGAACUGCUGUGAUCGUCUAAUCUUCUUACUCUGCUCCUUUGUGUACCAUAUAGUGAUGCCUGGGCCAGCAUGACGUCAUAUCCCGGCAUCAUUGCAGGGCGCAUAAAUAAAAUAAGGAAGAUUACAGCUCUGGGGAGCUCUAAGGUGGCCAGUGCUUAAAGGACCACUCUAGGCACCCAGACCACUUCAGCUUAAUGAAGUGGUCUGGGUGCCGGGUCCCUCUAGGAUUACCCCCUUUUUUUUUUUUUAUAAACAUAGCAGUUUCAGAGAAACUAUGUUUAUAAAUGGGUUAAUCCAGCCUCUAGUGGCUGUCUCAUUGACAGCCGCUAGAGGCGUUUGCGUGCCUCUCACUGUGAAAAUCACAGUGAGAAGACGCCAGCGUCUAUAGGAAAGCAUUGUAAAUGCUUUCCUAUGAGACUGGCUGAAUGCACGCGCAGCUCCUGCUGCACAUGCGCAUUCAACCGAAGAGGCGGAGAGGAGGGGGAGGGCUCCCCGCCCAGCGCUGGAGAAAGGUAAGAUUUUAACCCCUUCCUUUCCCAGAGCCCGGCGGGAGGGGGACACUUAGGGUGGGGGCACUAUAGUGGCAGGAAAAAGAGUGUGUUUUCCUGGCACUAUAGUGGUUCUUUAAUGAACUGACAAACAACCAGGAUUUGACAAGCUCUGCCUUAAAGAAUCACUCCAAACCCUAUAAAUCCUCUUGAUUAUGACAUAGCUUAUGGUGAAAAAAAUCCCUGUCCAUGUCUGUUGCAGCUAGAUCCUUUCCGCUUGUCUGUUACAUCAAGAAUCCUAAAAUCUAUAUAGCCAGGUCUCGACAAAUCUCAGAUGCCAGGUCGCUAUGGCGAUUAGGAAUUUUGCCCUGACGUCUGGGUUUUCAGCCCAUUUGGCUGAUGCAGAAUCUGCUCCUCCGUGGCGGCCAGCAGAGGGGAAAUGCAGGCGACGUCAAGCAAUGCAGGUGGGUGGCCGGCUCUUCCUGCUUUGCUACCUUGCGUGUCAUGCUGUGAUGCUUUUAGCCGGAAUAUGACGUCACUGCGGCCCCUGCAUCACUAAAUGGUGUGUGAGGAAGCAGAGCAAGAAGACCUUGAAGUUUUUAACAGUCGCACUGGACCCCAGAGAAAGGACCCACUGCAGGUAGGGAGGCUGUGUGGACUUAAAUAAUAAAAAAAUAAUUUGUGAGUGUGUGAGAGAAUGUGUCACUGUGUGUUUGGCUGUCAGUAAGUGUGUUUAAGUGACUGCAUUUCCGAUCGUACGGAAUCGCUGUGCUAGUCUUGCCUAGGCUGGCCCCACCUCCAUUGUCGGGAUAAUCAAUCUUGAUCUCUGCCAAGCUGUUUAUUUCCCAUAGGAAAGCAUUGGGAGGCUACUGUGCACCAUAGAGAUGCGUUGAACAAGUGUGUGUCUAUGGGAGACAUUUAGCACGUCCAUGCAGAGCGUGGAGAUGCUGACCGUAGGUGCAUCACCCUAUGCACCUCUAGUGGCAGUCUGAGUGACUGUCACCAGAGUUGUUACUGGGCAGCAGUGUAAUACAUUUUCUCUGAAAUGGCAUUGUUUACAUUGCUCAGCCUGCAGGGAUAUGCUUUAGACACCAGAACCAUGGCAUUGGACCAAGCAUGUGAGUGCACACACUUAAAAUUAUUUAUAUAGCACCAACAUAUUUUGCAGAGCUGUACAAUAGUAAACAAACAUUAAUUUCUAACAAUAUGUAAGACAUAUGGGAAUAGUGGGUGAAGAAGGCCCUUCCCAAAUGAGCUUGCCCAAUAGGAGUUGCAAAAUGCAUUGUGCAUCUGGCUUUGGUCUCCUUAAUAUUUAUAGUCUUAACAACUAUGCCAGGAAAAAAAAUACUUUUAGAACUUGGCUUACUUUAAAAUAAAAAAUGUAAUUGAUUUUUUGGGUUUGCGUCCCUUGUGCCAAAUUCCUAUCAUAGGUACAGAAGACAUUUUAUUCAGGGGUGUAUAUUGCUGCUACAUAUCUGUACUCUAUUCUUAGAGCUUUAACCCCUUAGGGACCAAACUUCUGGAAUAAAAGGAAAUCAUGACAUGUCACACGUCAUGUGUCCUUACGGGGUUAAACGUAUGGUUAAGACCUGGUGUAAUUCUUUCCUUACGGUCACAGAUAUAUGUUGCGCAGCUACAGUUUCAAUAAGAUACUACUAUCAAACAGAAUUGAGAGCAACAGGGAGUCUAUGGCACAUUCAAAGCUGAAUUUCCUUGUGGCAGUGGUUAUUGGGCGAAUAGAAGUAUUAAACCCUAUAGUAAAUCAAAAAAGAAUUUGUGCAUAACACAUUUGUUGUUCUUCCCACGGGCAUCUCUGUUGUAGUGACGAAGGCAGAUUGAUAAAGUAACAUUAUGUGUCUGAUUGAGGACACUUCCCUAAGCAGGGCAAUCCUUCCUUAUGAUGACAUUAUUGCCUUGGCGUCAGAAUGGAAUGACCUCAGCUAUUCAAUGUCUAUAUUUGUGCAGCAGUUGCUAGACAUGCUCAUUGGGAGUGUGCUACUCCUUGAGGAGAGCAGGAGAACCAACUGUUCGGAGAGUUCCACUAUCAUUCAAUCUCUGCAUAGACCUCUAUGCCGAGAAUGAAUUGAUAGGUUGACAAGAGGCCAGAUUAAAAUUUCCUAGCAGUACUACUUGGAGGGAAUCAAGUGAUCUUUAAUAUAAGCAUACAUCAUGAGAUUUAAUUUAUUUACUUGAGUGAGAAUUCAGAGAAUUUCAAAUUUAAUGUCAAAAUAGCUGCUCUGGACUUAAAUUUGACGUUCACUUUAAUAAAUAUUCCUGUAUAUAACAGGACAGGUGCACUUUAAAGGACCACUAUAGUGCCAGGAAAACAAACUAGUUUUCCUGGCACUAUAUAGUCCUUAGGUCCCCACCCCACCCUGCUGGGCUGAAGGGGGUUAAAACACCUUCAACCACUUACCUUAAUCCACCGCCGGGCUUCCUCAGCGUUGGUGACCUCUCCUCCUCCUUCGUCAGCUCCGAGUGAAGCCGAAUGCGCGGCCAGAGCCGAUUUUCGCAUUGAGCGUAGCGGAAGCGCCCUUUAGUGGCUGUCAGGAAGACAUCCACUAGAGGCCGGAUUAACCCUGCUAUGUAAACAUAGCAGUUUCCCUGAUAGUAUGUUUACAGCUGCAGGGUUAAAACCUGGGAGACUUGGCACCCAGACCACUAUGUUGAGUUGAAGUGGUCUGGGUGACUACAGUGGUCAUCAUUGUGCAUUCUCUUCAAUUCUAAGUUUAGUUAAGAAGCAUUAUUGAUUUUUUUUUUUUUUUUACGUCUAUAUACCAUUUUUUUAUAUUAUCUGCAUGAAGUCGUCAUUUUUAAAAUGCAAGUUUUGACAUCUAGAGCUGCUAAAAUACAAAAUGACUUAUUUUAAAAUUCCUUACAUAGGGAUAGAAUACAUCUUAUUCCGGAAUGCAGAUUGUAGCUACUUUUUGUAAACUGUCAACAUGUUGAUACAGUGGUCAUCUUUAUGUAUAUCAGUGAUAGUGUGUGUUCUCUGUAAGUAUUGUUGGUUUGACUUGCAUGUGUUUUGGAAGAACGUGUCAAUUCCAAACAUGUAAGCUAACUUUUUAAAUAUAACAUUCCAGUACAUUUUUUGGCAGUUUAACAAGCAUAGUUUAGUUUAUAGAUACAAUUGUGUCACAAGAAGGGGGACCUUGUCUUCUCAUUAUACAGGUUCCCUAUCACAAGAUGUUUUCUUCCAGACUCUGUUUGAUUAUACUGCAUUUCUAAUGCAAAAAUGUAGAAUAAUGCUUAAUAGAACAUACACUAAUUCUUAUAACUAACCUGAGACCGUGUCAAACAAAGUGAGUUGGUUUUGGAAUGGUCUUGUACAGGUGUGGCGAGAAACAUUAUUUGGAUUUUUUACGAACGUGUGAAAUUGUCAGGAAUUCAAUCUCCAUUUUAAUGUAUAGGCCACGAUAGUAGCAGCCGGCUAUGUUUUCAGUUCUUCUGUUAUGGCAUACAUUUGUGAUUCACCUUGAAUUCCUGACAGUGGCACUGUGAAAGUACUUCUCAACUGCAUGAAUAGUGAAGCUAUAUUAAAGCAUUACUGAACUAGUCUAGCCUUAGAGAGUCUCUAUAUAAUCAUUUAGGCUGUUACAGUAAUACGUCUCCAUUCAGACUGCAUUUCAGUGAGAACCACAGCGGCUUGCAACUUAGAGUACGUCUACCUUCUAAAAAUGUUGGCUUUUAUUAAGAUGCAAAUGUUUCUUUGAGUGUGUAGUGCCUUUUUCAGCAAGAUUGGAAAGUCUUUUUUCUUUUCUUUUAUUCAAUUAAAAGAACAUUGGUGCCUGGAGUCCCCUUGUAUCCCCCAAUGUAAGUAGUCAAACUGUUUUAGUCUGGUCCACCAGGCCCCGCUUCUUUCACCAUAGCCAACAGAUAACCAGCUUCUGCUUGAGAGUUUCUUUUAGUUCUCCUGAGCAAGCCCUGCAGUGCUGGGCUAGCUUGUUGGCUAAGAGUUUCAGCUGAUCAUCAACUUCCAGCUCAUAUGUAUUUUUUAUUUAUUUAUUUUUUAUUUUUACGGUUUGACUGCUUACAAUGAGGAAGGGGGUGACAGGGCACUAGUGAAACCACAACUAAUGUGGUUAUUUUAUUAAAAUUAUUAUUAUUAUUCCCCCCCUUCCCCCCAUUGUUUUAUUUAAUUGUGUGAAUCUAGAUAAGUGACCAUUCUUUAAAGAUUUGAGCUGGCUCCAUCUCAAACGUUGUCAAUCCCUGUUAAAGAAGCGUAGUCCAUUGAGCAUUCAAGGAGUUAUGCGCCGCUGAUUUGCAAACACAUUCUUAUACUCCCAUCCCACAUUUUGCACUGAAGGACAUAAUUCAUAGUUCUGUCAAAUAUAUCAUUUUUGAGAUCAUAUUUAGUUUGCUUCUAGGAGCACCCAGGCAAUAUAACGUCCAUUUAGACACUCAUAUUCAUCUAAAACACUGAUUAAAGAAGCACAAAAAAAGUUAUACAUUCCCACGAAGUGCAGUUUUGUAUAAUUCAUGUAAUUGGGUUUAUUUACUAAACAUCAAAAUGUAGCAAAUUGUAAACUAUAUAUUUUUAAAUGUAACCAACCCAUGACUGUAAUGUAGAUUGGGAUUUUUUUUUUGGCCUUAACUUUGCAGUUGACUUUUUGCAAUAAACUUUAUUUAGCUGUUUGCAUGUUUGUGUAUUCCUUCUAUCUCCAGCUAGGUGCAGCUGCAGUAGCAGCUUAGAGAGUGCAAGAAGCUGCAAAGAUCAAAAAGAGAGGGAGAGAUUUAGCCGGCAGAUGGUCUGCUGUGCAGUUAUCAGGCUGUAUUUGUCCAACAUUGCAGACAUGUCCAGACAGGACUUAUUUACUUGUGGUGGCAAAAGUAAAACCAUACUAAUGUAGCAGUUGUACCUGUAUUUCUCUUAUUCAGAAACUAAUAUCUGGAAGCCAUGAUAACCUAGCUCCUGAGGUUGGUUAAGUCCUGGUUUGACCACAUAUUAGUAUUUACCAUACUUUUGGAUGUUUAUGUGAAACAUGUAUUGUGUACAGCAUCAGAGGUGACCUAACCACACAACAAUUUGAAUGCAUUUUUUAUUUCAAUGGUUUAACCUAAAAGAUGAUCGCCACCCCCCAUAAACGUGCAUCCUCUAUUCCUUUGGGCGCUCUCCACUCCGGGAAGGUUUGCCUCACAGCCCAGUGAUAGGCCGAGAGCGUUGGUUGAUGCUCUUGGCCAAUCAAUGCGAGUAACUAUUCUAAUAGUACAUACUGUUACUAUGCCACUCUUAAGCUAUCAGUGGCCACCAAGGCCAACCUUCUUGCGGUGGACGGUGACCAAAGGAAGAAACAGGAGGCAGAGCUCUCUUGCGCCAUGGACAAACUUUGAGGUUAUAUCAUUACAAAGUGGUUUAACCACUGAAGGUAUGAUCAGGUCUAUGCACUCCUGUUCCCAUAGCUUAGUUCAGGGCUUGACACAUCUGCUUUGGAGCAAUCUAAAAAAGUUAGGAGCCAGUUUUAUUUAAACUUACAAACCUUUAUUUUUCAACAAGAAAAAUAUAAUUCUUAAAGGGACACUAUAGUCUCCAGAACCACUACAGCUUAAAUGUAGUUGUUCUGGUGUCUAUAGCCUGUCCCUGCAAUGUUUACAUUGCUGCCUAGUGACGCCCCUAGUGGCAGUCACUCAGACAGCUACUAAAGUGCUUCCAAUCUUAGUGAUGCACAGUGUGCAGCACCUACAUUCAGUGUCUCCACGCUCUGCAUAGAGGUGCCGAAUGUUCCCCAUAGAGAUGCGUUGAUUCAACUAAUCUGAAUAAGGAGAUGCUGACUGACGAAGCAUUUUGCAGCGCAUGCGCAAUAGCCCCCAAUACUUUCCUAUGGGAAAGUAUUGGAUUGGCGAGAUCAUCAAGCUUGAUUACUAUAAUAAUGACCGUUCAUAAAAGUGCCGAUUUUUAAGACAAACUGUCACUUUUUUAAAAAUAAAUACCCCUUGGCUGUCAUCCAGCCAGGGUGGUUUCUUCCUGCUUCCUUGGCUUCUCUGAGCUGACAGAAGUGACAGGCGCACUCUACUUGAGCCUGCCUCCCACCUCCCUCCCCCCCCACAUACCUCAGUUCAGCAUCCAUUGACCUCCGAUCAGAAUGCUGUAUGUGCGCGCUCAAGCCAAACAUAAGAACUGCAGCUUUUGCAAACUGAUUUAAGAUGUAUACCCCCAAUUAAUACAUACGUGUAAAUCUACUAAAUAACGAUUUCUAUGUUUUUAGCCCAUUUGGGCAGUGAAGUGAAUUUAAUUGUAUCAUCCAAAGUAAAUCAGACAAACCGUGUGAACCAUUUACCAUCUAACAUUGACCUAGUUUUAAAUGAUAGGUGUAACACAUAGGAUAUACAGACAUGGGUGCUAGUUGGUGCACAUUCCAGCAUGCCUGUGCUAAGAAACAAAUGUUAAUUUCUUUGUUGUAGAUCUCUCAGCCUUCAAGAAGUUAUAAGACAAUUGCAAACAGGCACAUAAGACAUUCAAGGGGUCUUCACUGUGAACUUGAGUGACUGAUUUGAAUGGUCAUUCGGUUACUUCUACUAGCUACAUGGCAGGUGUGCUUUUCUUUUACACUUGUAGUAAUAUUGUGGCCAUAGCAUUGAACAGAGUAGUUUAUGGUGGACAUGUUCGUGUAUACAUCUUAAAGGGAUCCUAUAGUGCCAGGAAAACCUAUAUAGGGUUAAUAGGACCCCCCCCUCUCGUUGGGCUGAAGGGGUUAAAACCCCUUCAGUCACUUACCUUAAUCCAGCGUCCGGCUCCCUCGGCGCUGCUGACUUCUCCUCCCCUGCUGACGUCCGCAUUCAAACCCGCAUGCUUUCCUAUGGGGAUCUUAUUUGACUGGACGUCCAGCGUCAUUUCAGUGCGCGAAAGCGGCCUCUAGUGGCUGUCAGGGAGACAGCCACUAUAGGCUGGAUUAACUCUGUAAACACAGAAGUUUCUCUGAAAUUGCUAUGUUUUCAGUUGCAGAGUUAAAACUAGGGAGACCUGGCACUCAGACCAUUUAAUUGAGCUGAAGUGGUCUGGGUGCCUAUAGUGGUCCUUUGAGAUGCUGUAGUGACUUCAGUUUUAUAUGUACGGCUUCAUAGACUUUACUUAGAUCUGAUAUACACCAUGGUCUGAUUUGCAGGGCUACUAAACUCUAAUAUCUUUUUUUUUUUUUUCAUUCCUGACCCAGGAAUCAGUGUGUUUCCCCAGUAAACUGUAGUGUUUUGCAAAGAGGGUUUUGAUCUGUUUUUUUAAUUAUUUAUCUUUUAUGUGAAAAGUUUGGCAUUCUAUUUCAUAUUUGAUGUUUCUGGUUUAAUCAAGACCUGAUGGGAGGGUGAUGAUGACUAUUAUUUUUCUUCAUAGCUUUUUAAAAAAUAUAUAUUUAUUUGUUGCACUGAAGAGAGUUAAUAUGGACAUAACUAAAUAGUAUUCUCGGCGUUCAAAUAAUCCUGGAUUUUGUCAAUGUCUUGAAAUAAACAUUAUAAUCAUGUGUAGUGGUUUUAUAAGGUUUUCCCAAUUAUCUCUUUUAACAUUAAAGAGGUCAGAUGCCAUCUUUGCUAAGCUAUCAGUUCCCUGAUAUUCCAUAAUUUUCUUUUCUGAAAAUGAUUCUUUAUAGUUGCUGAGGUUUUUGUCUUUAUAAAACUUUGUCUAACAUUACAUAUAAAAAAAAAAGUGAAAAUCUAUUAAAGGAACACUAUAGUCACCAGAACAACUACAGCUUAUUGGAUUUGUUCUGGUGAGUAGAAUCAUUACCUUCAGGCUUUUUGCUGUAAACACUGUCUUUUCAGAGAAAAUGCAGUGUUUACAUUACAGCCUAGUGAUAACCUCACUGGCCACUCAUCAGCUGUUAGAGAUCCUUCCUGGGCCAUGGCUGCCUAAAAUGCAUCAAAACAUUCAGUAUCUCUUCCCUCUGCAUGCAUACACUAAACUUUCCUCAUUUUUCUCCAAUUUUCAUUGAUUCAAUUCAUCUCAAUGAGGAGAUGCUGAUUGGCCAGGGUUGUGUUUGAAUUGUGCUGGCUCUGGCCCUCAUCUGCCUCCUGGUCAGUCUCGGCCAAUCCUAUGGGGAAGCUUUGUGAUUGGAUCAGGCCACCACUUCUGAUGAUGUCAGCAGACAGCUUGUUUUUCUGAUGCAAACAGCAUGCAUAGUUACAGCUUCAGGCUUAAAUAAAAGUAAGAUUUUAACCCUAUAGGGUCAGGAAUAUAUGUUUGUGUUCCUGACCCUAUAGUGCUCCUUUAAUAUUUGGUAAGGUUUACAUAACAAUCGUGUAUGUAUGUAUAUGUAUGUAUGUAUGUAUGUAUAUAUAUAUGUAUGUAUGUAUGUGUAUAUAUAUAUAUAUAUGUAUAUGUAUAUGUAUAUGUAUAUAUAUAUAUAUAUAUAUAUAUAUAUAUAUAUAUUAUAGUGUGUGUAUAUUUAAUUGUCAUUCUUUUUAUUAAACAAUAUAGUAACAUUACAAUACAAUGUCACUCGUUCUAUUCAUCAAACAUUAGAAAGUGCUUGUGAUACAUAAAUAAAAAACAAACAGAUGAUUACCAUAAGAGGAACAAAGAAGUAAGGAAUAGUAGCAACGUAGGGGAAUAGCAUUAUUACAGAAGUAUUUCAGUGAAUUCAAGGAUACCCAUGGGUAUAUGGUAGUAUACAUUCUGUUUUAUGUGUAAGGCAUAAGAGUGUCACCUCCCCUGUCAGGUGUUACCAUUCCACACACAUCCACACAAUCCAUUAGAAUGAACUGGUCAGGUAUAAUCGCAGAAAUUUUUUCAUAGUGUUCGUAGCUGAAUGGGCUGCUUACUCUAGUUGCUUAAAUUCUCUUAAUUGUGAUAUGACCUGUGAGAUUGUGGGGGAGUGUUGUGGUUUUCCAGAGUUCGACAAUUAGUGAUUUUAAUGCUCUCAGAUUUAUACUCCCUACCUUGGAUUGGCACAUCGCUAGAGUAGCUGGCUAGUGUAAUAUUGGUAUGUUCCUUAAUGAACAGAGUGUAGCUUACCAAGAUGUGUAGCUUAGUGCCCACCUUCCCACAUCCCUGCCAACAUAAUUGGACUAACCCUUGUAAAUAUAUCUGAGCUUAUUAGGUGUUGUGUGCCAUUUAAAAAUAAUUUUAUUUAGUAGUUUGGUGUGAUUAGUGCAUCUUGUGACUUCCGUUGUCUGUCUGAAUGCUAUGGACCAGUCUUGGUCCAAAAUGAUGUGACCUAGUUCUUUUUCCAAUCCCUUUUGAAAGGCAGUGCAAUCUGUGUUUCCCCCAAUUUGUGCUGCAUGGUAACAUGUUGAGAUUAGCCCCCUGCUACCCUUAAUGUGAAAUAUUUCCUGAUUGAAAGGGGUCAAUUGUGUUUGCAUCAUGUGUUUCCAAUGGUUCUUGGAUAAGUGUUUAAUUUGUAUAUAUCUAUAUUGGUCAUCCAUGUUGAGUUGAAGUUUUGCUGAGUUCUUUAAAGGAUACUAAGUGUGAGUCUUUAUAUAGUAACCCAAUAUGUGAUAGACCCUUUCUUGGCAAUUCUUCCUUGUUAAAACCCUGUAUCCAGUUAUGUAGCGUUUGGAUGGGAUCAGUUCUGGAUAUUGGUGAGAGUUGCAGAAUUUUUCUAGUGAGUGUGCCAUGGACUAAUAGAGUUCCCCCAGAAUGGGAGCACACCACGCUGGACCACAGCAUGUGAAUCACUCUGUUUUGUGGUAGCACUGAGUCUUCCCACUGCAAUGCCGUGUAGAACGCGCCAUUGGUGCGGAGUAUAGGGCCAUAAUAGCUGGGAUAAAGGCCUCCAAUUUCUGCCUUAUGUACCCGUAAUGUAUUCAGUUAAAUGCCUUCUCCGGAUCCAGUGAGAGAAGAAGACACCUGACCUUGUUACGUGCAACCAUAUUCAGCACGUUUAUCACCCGCCUAGUAUUAUCCGAGGUUUGGCUCCCCUUCACAAAUCCCAUCUGGUUGUAAUCGACCAAUUGUGGUAACAUUUCUGUUAAUCUAUUAGCUAGCAUCUUGCGUAAAGUUUGUAGUGUAUAUUAAAAUGCGAGAUUGGUCUUAUCUAUUUGGGGUCUUCCAUGGUUUCGAGAGUGUGACUACAUGCACCUUAAGCAUCUCUGAUGGCGUAGUGCCUGAUUUCAUACAGUGGUUAAAAAAAGUUCUUGAGAUGUGGUAAUAAAGAAUAGAUAGCUGUGUAGCCAUCCUAGACUAUUGAUAUUUCCUCAGUUUAGAUAUUAAGCUUGGGAGCCUUCACUGAUUUGCGGCACUGAGUUUACAUGAAAAAAGGAUCUCCUCUGGCAUUCUUGGACCUGAAUGAAGGUUAUAUAGUGCACUGUAAAAUUUUGUGCAGACAUUAGCGAUUUUGCACCAUUAUCGUCAAGUAUGGCAUAGAUUUAAAUGCUUCUUGUUUUCAAAAUUUGUUACCCAGCAUGUGGCCUGCUUUAUUCCCAUUUGAGUAAAAUUUUGCUUUUAAUAGUGUAUGCAAACGUUCAUUUUUUUCUUAUUGGAGAGUGUGAAGCUCUUGGCUGAACUGUUUCUGUUGGGUCAGUACCUGAGAGGAAAUGGUCGACUUGUGUACUAGUUGUGUUAACAACUAGAGAGUUUAGCCCACUUGAUUAUUAUUUAUUAUUAUUAUUAUUAUUUUUUUUCAAGCACUUACGAACGGUGUACAUCCUUGUUGACACAGAUGUAAUUGUGUUGGUGCAGCAUAAUCAAAUUGUUUACACUUUUUCUUGCCUGUUUUCUGAGAGUUUUGAAGUAACACUGAAAUUUUUUUUUUCUUUGUAAAAAUGUGAAGUGGAACAUUUCAAUAUCAAAAGCACUGUAUACAACAGAUAUUACACAAAAUGCAAGGUUAGCGUCAAUUUAAGAGAUUGUAAACAUUAAUCAUGGCAUCAACAUUUUACAAUGUCUAUGCUGCAGUAUCCCCUAUUUAUUAAAAUAGGCAUCGAUAAGAAUCCACUAGGUAGGCUCUAUAUAUUAUUCACUCGCUGGGUCUGGUAAUGAACAGAAAAUAAGAGGAUAAACUAAAUAUUAAACAGACAAAAAUUGGCAUCUGAGCUGCCCAUCUAAGCAUUAGGUAGGUGGCAUUUUCAGCUUGUGUCUUGGCAGGGAACGGUGCUACAGUACCGCCAUAAAAAAAGAGCAGAUUCGGCUAGAACCAAUAAAGCAGUCUUUGUCAAUGAGUGGAGCUUAUGGGACUCUAAUCACCAAAUCACUUCAUGUGCGUGCGCGCAUAGAUGCAGCUCCUACAGCUUUGUGAAUUAGAUAAUGUUUUUCAUCAUGCUUGAUUAUUUCCUUGAAUUAGGAUCGUGCUGCAGUCUCUGUCGUGAAGCUGGAAUAAGUCCAUUUAAUGGUGUUUAUUUAUUGAUUUAUUUUUUUUAAACAGGGGGCCAGGUAAUCUAAAACAGUAAAAAGACACCUGAUUUAAAAAAAAAAAAAAAAAAAAGCCUAUUCUUACAAAAUAAAUAAAAAUAUAUACAUACACACUCUACAAGAAGAUGGAUACUCCACAGGACUUUUUUCAAAAAGUGUAUUUUAUCCUGAGAGAGGAUGCAUUCGAGUCUGAGACGAUGAUGCUUUAAUUGCUACCUUCUGCAGAUUGAACACACUUUUACUUUUGAAAAAAAGUCUGAGUGCCCAUCUUCUUGUAUUGUGUUGAUUAUAUAGUGCCCGUUUUGGGGGCACACAGGCAUUGACGUAAAAGAAGUGGAUAGUGAGUGCUUUCAUAUUGGAUGUUUUUAUAUAUAUAUUUCUUGUGUUUUUUGCCCAUGAAAGACCCCCUCAAAGCCCAGCUUGAGAUAUGCAGCUGCUGCAUAACAGUAAUUUGUUGUAUUUGGACUGUGUGUAUUGUGUAAUAUUUUUGAUACCUAGCUAUGUGCUCUCAGAAAGACUUCUUCAAUGUCCAGAACUGGUGCCAUGCUGAUGAGACCUAAAAGGUUUCUGGUCACUGACCCUUUUGGAUCAUAGCCCAUGUUUUGGUUUUAAAAAAACAACCCCCAAAAAUAGGUUUAAAACUGUUUUCAUUGCUAAAGGUAUCUGCAGACAUGCAAAAUGUCAUGCUGGGAACUCUGGGAUAGCUGUGGAAACCAUUUUUUGCGAGUUUCUAUGCCCAAGCCUGACCCCUAAAUGUCCAAUUUGAGGUGUGUGUGUGCGCGUGUAUGUGUUUAUGUAUAUAUAUAUAUGUGUGUGUGUGUGUGUAUGUAUAUGUAUGUGUGUGUGUGUGUGUGUAUAUAUAUAUAUAUAUAUAAUAUUUUGUGUGUGUGUGUACACAUACACCCACACAGCAAAAAACAAAAAUGUUAUGGUGGGGAAAAAUUGUGAUUUAAAACCCCUUCCACCUGAAGUCUGUGGAUAGUCAAUACAGUGUUAAACACUUGCCUUUCCCACAGAAAUCCCAAAUUUUCAGUGAUGUUACUACCGCAAAGGAUUUUGGGUGGGCAUAUGCAAAUUAGUUCAACAAAGAAUCACAUUUGAGUCUGUUUGCUGUAAACAGCUGGUGUGCAGAUAUUUGUGUGUGUAUGUGUGUGUAUAUAUAUGUAUAUGUAUGUGUAUAUGUGUAUAUAUAUAUAUAUAUAUAUAUGUGUAUAUGUGUGUAUAUAUAUAUAUAUAUAUAUAUAUAUAUAUAUAUAUUAUUUGUGUGUGUAUAUGCAUAUAAAAGGAAAGCAUAUAAUUGUGAACAGAAAGGGUAUUUAGAUUAGUAGACCAUGGCAGAAACUUGCACUAUGUGGAUUUAUUCAGCAUGUUACCAGGGAGUUGUAAUAUGUCUUAGUGUAAUAUUGUAGUGUUUAUCACCAGCGUACGUUUUCUAUCUGUGUAUUAAUUUAUUCUCACCCUCCAUUUUAUGUUUUCCCGCCGUUUCUGUUCCAAGGUAUGUUAAUUGCGACCAGGAGUAGCAGUUUCAUGUUACAGUUUUACAACUUUGCUUGUUGUGUUAGUAGUUAUGUUCUGUUCAUUAUACAGCAGUAAAGAUUUCUGUCUUACCACACUUCCAGUGCUAGCAUAUAUGAAUUGCACACUUUGCAGGAUGUGAUCCCUUAUUUUCUCAGACUCUGCAGUCUUAUUCAGUAUAUGUAAAAUGUUUGUAUAUUUAUAGGUGUUGAUACUUUGAGUUAGUAGCUGAACUGGAUAUGGUGGCACAUGUAUUUGAUCUCCUUUAGCAUGGAUUAGAUUAAUCACCUCAUUCAUUUAGACAAUGCAGAGACACCUGGAAAGGGAAAAAGCAUGUUAAUAUAUGCCUAUGGAACACAACAUAAAAUUAUAAAGAUACUUAGAAAUUAUUACUAUUAUAUAGAACUUUGUUACCUGUAUUGCAGAAUUCUUCAGGGAUACAAUCCAAGUAAAGAAUGGGUUCUGGUUUAUUUUAAACAGGCUACUUUUGCUGUUAGAAUUACAUUGUAAAUGAUUGGUUUUCAUGUAUUGGUGAUGCAGCUGCACAUGUGUCCAGCGUAGAGCUUUUAGAUAUGACCAGUCACAGGCAAUAGGCAUUGCAGCCUCCUUAUUUCUAGUAUAAUAGCAAAUUAUCUGUGACAAGCACUGGGUGUGUUUGACAGCAUCAUGCUAUGCGUGAUGAUGCCAACUGUGAAGAAAAUUAUCAAAAGACUUGAAAAGUAAGAGCAUUUAGUAGGGGGAUUUUCUGUGUAAUGUGCACUACUAAAAGGGUCCCCUGCCCCCUUGAUUUGCAUUAAAACCCGAAAACCCUACACACAUUUUACUCACCUUGAAUCUAGCUUCACAGGGUCUUCAUGUGGUCCAAUCACAUGCUCACCAUAGAUAAUACAACUAGCCCCCAACACAAAAUUAACCAUGAAUCCGUAUAUACAGUGAUUCAAGCUAAACACUGCACAUACAUACUUCUACCACAAUUAACACUUCACAUCACUGAAGUGAUCAUGGUGGUUGGAGUAAUCCUUUAAUGGAGUGGUUUUGGUGUGUAAACUAUGCCUCUUAACUGAUCAGUUCUCUGCCAUCUAAGAGUUAAUUCACUUUGUUUAUGCAGCCCUAAACACACCUCCCCUGUAUGUGACCUACACAGUCUCCCUAUACAUUUCCUGUAAAUUGAGAUCUAAUUUUUAAACUUUAUUUCACAGUCUGUUUAAUUUAGAAUGCUUUUCUUUUUGCUUGUUUAUAGUCUGCUAGUACCUGCAGGAUUUAAGGUUUAACAGAGCAAGAGAUAAAAACUUCUAAAGUACACUUUGUCACAUCUGAAAAUUUUAACUUUUUUUUUUUGUAAGGUAAUCUUAGGGAAUCUGUUAGGGGAGGUGUGACUAGGAACUCAUAAACAGAACAAAAGUGAUUUAAUUCAUAAACGGCAGAUACUUGAGCAGUGAGACUGCAACAGUACUGUGCUAAAACAAGAUCUUGAAGUCACUUGGUGUGCCAAUCCUAUUUUGUUAAAAUUGAGAAGUGUAUGUUGCCGUAUUCAGCUUGUUACUUAUGGUUGCAGUAGUUGCUUUGUAGCAUUGUAUUUGUGCGUAAAUGCGCUGUGAUAUUGCACAUGUUCAAGAGUAGUUUGUGGUAUUGUAUGUGAUACCUAUGAAUGUGGGCUGUGUAUAAGAGCUACUUGUGGAAUUGUGUGGAUGAUAUCACAUAGUGUAUGUGGUUGUCUGUAUGUAUGGUGCUGCUUGUAGGGUUCUAUGUGUGUAUGUAGAUUGUCAGUGGUGUUGUGUUUGUAGACUGUGUGUGUGUGGGCUGUUUUUAUUAUUUGUAUGACGGGGAGGUUUAUACUGCAGCUCUGCGUUUAUCUAAACAUGUGGGUAUGCCUUCCCUGGGGUCCAUUGGAGACUGAGCUGGCCAAGUACAGGUCAAGGGCAGGAGCUGUGAAAGCUGCUGUGGGCUGUUCUACUUCAGUGCGGAUUCCUAUUUACAAGUCCUGAGAGGAAGUGAUCUGAGAUCUCUUCUAAAUGCUGCAAUGCGUACCACCACUUUUUGCAGAUAUCUGAAGUUUCACUGGGACUCCUGAUGGACCGCAGCCUUGAGUGACAUAGGUUGCUCAUCCCGGAUCUAUACACCAAGACGGUUUCAUAAUGACAGAAUAAUAGGAGGCAAGGUUGCUCUUGGCACAAGAUGACUAGGGUAAGAGCAUUAUAGUGGUCUGUCAUCCCUAAAUCAUAAGAAUGACAAGUUCACAUUUGGAUGGGUAUAGAUGGAAUUGAUACUUUACUGGAACAAUUGCCUGCAAGUGUGUAGAUUAAAAGAUGGACAGAUCUGAAAUUUGCUCCAUCCGCAUACAGAGUGGUACCGUGGAAUAAAUGUAAGGCUAUGAAAGCAGCCGCCAUGUCCACAAAUAAUGAGAUUGGCUGUCUACAAUGCUUAGCAUUCUACUAUACAGAGGUUGUAGAGUGCCACUUCAUUACUCCAACAAGUUACAUUGUAUUAUUUCUGCAAUGCCAUCAGCAUUAUUGUAAAGGCCCUGAAGGUCAGAAUUAUGUUUAGUUAACUUAAUUUUCAUCUCUUUAUUUGCUAGCAAUGCAUAUUGACUUUCGCAAUCUAAAGAUACAAUUUUACUUUGUUCAAAAUGACACCAGGUCAUGUUAAUCAGGCAGAUCAACUAUACAAUUAUUAAAGGAACAAUCCAAGCAUCUUAAAAGCUAGAGCUAGGUGUAGUGCUGGCAGCAUAACACCCCCUUCACUCAAAUGUUAGAGACCUAAAAGUUCCUGAGCAGGAACUUUUGUCUGCUCUCCUAAGUGCAGGGUGUAGCUCAUUGUCUGAGGGUGAUCAGCUGACUCACUAUACCUGUUUUUUCUUCUAUCAUCUUCUUCAAAUUCCCAUAUCCUUCUUUUCAUUUUCAUCAGGCCUGAUUAUGCUCUGUCAUUUCCACAGUCCAUUAAUUACCAAGAUUUUACUAUUUUCGCCCUCUUGUCUAUCUCACAUGGCAUUUUACUAUUCCGGAACAUAUUUUCCACAUUACAAUUUAUUUUAUGUUCUAGAUAGUGAUUCUCGUAGCAGUACUAUAACUUGUGUAUAUGUAUGUAUAUAUUUUAAUAUACCAUAAAUGUCUUUUUACAAUGAAACACCUUUGAUCGUUUUUUGUUUUUUUACACAAAAAAUGCUGGAGAAAAUGCCAAAUUUAAUAGGGAAUUCCCAUAGUUAAUAGCAUCUACCGCAGCUACAUACACCACAAUAUUAGAAACUGGUUUAACUAGUACAUCCACAGUAUUUCUUAGUACUUACCCGAACGUCACCGUUCCCCCACUGGCGAUCAGUGUUGCUCACGGUCUGGGGGGGACUGCCUGACAGUCCAGACAAUCCCCCACUCAGCAAAUUAGGCCCCCACAGGCCAUGUAAUUGCUAUGAAAGAGCAUUUUUAACACACAAAUAUAAAUGCUAACUUUAGCCAGUGUUUGUGACUAAGUGGCUACUAAGACUGGACAUACCCCAUGUUGAAUACCCUGGGUUGUCUUCUUUAAAAAAUAAAUAUUUACCUGUGAGGUGUGAUUCAGAGAUUUAUGACAGAUAACAGUGUUACAAUGUCACUAUUGAUAAAUUUAAAAAAUAUAUAUUUUGAAACAGCAAUGUCCUACUUGUACUUAUAGCCCUAUAACUUGCUAAGAACAUGUUAACAUUAGGCAUUUCUAAACUCAGGACAAAAUUUAGAAACUAUUUAGCACGGGUGUUUUUUGGCGUUUGUAAAUGCGUAACAGAUUAAAACAAAAAGUUAGUGUGUUUUCUUUUUUUUUUUUUUUAUGUUUUCAACAUAUUUAAAUUUUUUAUUUUUUAUAGCAAAGUUAUAUGAUAUGAUGAAAAAAAAUGGUAUCUUUAGAAAGACCAAAAACAGUAUAUAAUAUUCGUGGGUACAGUAAAUGAGUAUGGGGAAAAUUACAGCUAAACACAAACACCGCAGAAAUGUAAAAACAGCCCUGGCCAUUAACGGCAAGAACAUUGAAAAACGGUCUGGUCACUAAGGGGUUAAUGCUUGUAAUCCUUAGCUGCAGACCUUGCCUGGAAGCUUUGUUGAUAUUCGAAUAUAGUACUUUGGCCCUGCAUCACACGUCUACAUUAAUUACAUGAGAAACUGUAACCAAACGCAUGCUCUAUUUGUUAGUAAAUACUAGUUUUGCUAUAGAGGUGCUUGUUUUCCCACAGCUGACAUGCCCAGCCUACCUUGUUAUGAUAUGACCAACAAUAUUGCUAAUACAGAAGUGGCGCAUGUGGUUGAGUCACCAAUGCCUUGGAAAUCCCCGUUUCCUUUUUAAACCUUCAAAACUAUAAACACACAGAAUGUGUUGGUGGUGCAAAAAAAAAAAAAUCAGUAUUAUCACUCUUUCACAGCAAACAAGAGUGACUUAAUCAACAAUACCUGCAAGCAAUAUGUGUUCAAUGCUUAGGCAUGCUUAGUAUUCUAAGCUGCAACUAUCCCAUACAAGUGUAUGGGGGAGAUAUAAGAAUCGAACCUGGCUUUUGAUUUUGUUACAAUACUGCAGAUAUUUCUCAAAUCACAUAUAAAAGUUCUAAAACGUGGGUCUAGGGUAAUUCUUUUCAUUCCUCACUCUCUAAAACAAGAUAAAAAAAAAAUAAGAAAACACACUUGUGCCAUUACUUGUUUUAAAUCCACUACAAGCGUCCAAGUACCAAGCUCUUCAGCUAUCACAAUUUUAAAUGUGUUGUGUCUCUCCCAAUCCUCCCUUGGGUAUCAUUCCGAACGGUUUAACCCAGGCCUAACAGUACCAUAUCCAUGACAAUGAUACAUAGUCGUUAUUGUGCUUACACCGCCCUUUUAAAGAAACACAAAAAUGUGACAUUUUGUAGAAACAAAUACAAUUUCCCAGCCAAGUGCUUACAGUUAACAUGUUUAUUAAAUACACUAUAAGAACAGUGGUACUUUGUAUUUUGUGUUAAGUGUAUUGGCAGUUCACCUCGGGUUAUACAGCUACAGAAUAAUAUCAUUGGUGCCAGGUGAUCCUUUUGGCACCAGUAUUUGCUCCAAGUAACUUGCAAAAACAAAACAGAAUUUAGUAAUUUUGUAUUCUAGGAAAUAAUGUGUAACUUUAAUUAUGUGUGAAUAGAUGGCUAAUCAUAUGCUUAAUACACAUGUACGACUCACUUUUUAGCCCUUGUAGUGCUGGUCUCUGUCAUGCUGCUAUAUUCCUCCCUGGCUGAAAUCCUCCGUCUUGUUGAUCUCAGCCAAUAGAAUGCUUCUAGUGUUUGGGCGCGUCAAAAAGGAUCUCUGUGCUAAUCAUAUGCUCUCUGUGAGAAGCAUUUGAUUGAAUAACGGAGUCUGAGUCGACUAUUUCAGUGGAAGUGUCACUAGAGGUGUGUUUUUUUUAACCCUGCAAUAAAAACUGCCAAUUCUACUAAACUGCAAUGUUUUACACUGCAGGGUUAAAACGACAGAUACUGCAACCCGUGAUUACGUGUUUUGUGUCAUUUUUAAAUAUCCCUUUAAGAGGAGGAAGAAUUAAGCAAGUCUACUUGACAUGCAUCUUAUCUGUGCUGAGAAUUUGUUUUAAAUUACUUGUCCUUUGCUUUUCAGAUUCUUCUAAAGUAAUGAUGUGGCACUUCUAGGAAGACUUUACUUCUGUUACUACAGUUACUACUACUGUUACUCUGUUACAUUGUCCCUUUUUAUAUCUUUACAAGUGCUGGUGGCAAAUUAAAUUGGAACUAGUCCUAGGUCUCCUAGAUUUUACUAGCUGACAGCUAUCUAGCUCUUAUCAUGUUUGGUAUCACACUUUGAGAUGAUUUUUUAAAUUUUUUUUUUAUAUUUAAAAAUAUUUCUUAAAUGUACACACGGAGCAUCAUCGUAGAAUUCAAAGAGCUUUUUUCUGCAUCCUCUUAACUGAAGAGCUGUGUUGACCAUGACGUUAUGACCUCGAUUUAGCUCUCUCCUUGCGUCUACUACUAAUCACUCACUGUGCUAUUUAAGGGUGAACAAAAGAGGAGUGUGGCCUUACUGGUAGACUAGAUAAACACAUGCUCUUGCGACCUAUUUUUUGCCCACACAUGCUGUUGGGGUUCCACUCUCCAAACCUUAUAUAAGCUUACAGAGACCAACAAACACAGCAUGGGCCAGGGUAAAAAAGCUGGGCUACAUCACUUUCAGCCCACAACACCCCUUAGUAGCACAUUUGGUCCAAAGGACUGGUUUUACUCCACGGUGGGGGACCUACGUAGGUUUUUCGGGUCCAUGCCAAGCUCUGAUGUUUCUGGGGAUACAAGGUCAGAGGUGGAUAACCUGGCAGUGGCUGUGGACCUACAAAUGUUAGCUCAGUCAAGAAUAUCGAUCUGGCAAUGCUAACAGGAAGUAAUCCGGUCGGAGAUCGCAGGCCUCAGGGCUGAGCUCUCCAGGAUGGAGGGGUGAGUACGGUCAUCUGAGGUACAGGAUUUUCGGUGCGAACAGCACCAUCACUCCACUGACCUUGCAGCACACAGCUAAGAUAGCCGCCUCCUUGAUAUAAGGUGACAGGUAGAGCCAAAUUUAAUGUUGCUAUAUCAGGAAUGCAAGAAAGUAGUCAACUUGGAGCUGUAUAUUGAUAGGUGUGAAAUUUUAAAUAUCACCAUUCCAACCCCCACCGCGCAUAGGCUAUAAAAGGGAAUUGGAUACAUAAGAAUCCAACUCGACUUUGUUAGACAUUUUCUCCUGCUUCUUAGUAUGGUUUAUUCAAAUCUGAGCUCUUGGGGCAAAUUAUGUUUUUUUUUUUUUGGUUCGGCUUCGUGAAUGUGAUUAAGAUGAACCUACGUCUGUGCAUCUUGUGUUUAAUGCAGACUACACCAUUUAAGCUACCAGAGGCAUUUUUCACCUCUUUGGAUACAACUUUUCAGGCAUUUAUCUGGAGGGACCAUGGCUUAAAUUACUGGUCCUUGGACUAUCCAAACACCUGGGUGGGGUCAGGCUCCCAUCAUUUAAAUCUACAACAUAUAACUGACUGAAAGGAUAGGCAACAUAUCCCCCACUGGAUUCUUCUAGAAAUUAUGGACUCAAGGGGCAGACUGCUAGCCUUGAUUUGGCUUGAGAGGCGUCAUGCACUUCCUGAUUUACUUAUACACCCUUACAGUGGGUCAUCUUUGACAAUUUGGUUCUCAUGCAGAAGAACAAAAUCUUUCUUAUUUUUACCUUUUUAUUAAAUUUUUUUCCUCACUAUUUUUGAAUUUGUCAGGAUUAGCUACAUUUACAUUUUCAAAAGGGAAUUAACCUACAUCAUAUCUUAUAAUUUUUAUCUUUCAUCUUCUUUCUCGUUUAUACCCCUCCUGGUUACAGUUGUCUUUUACUGUUCUACAGUUUUCUUAAUACUUUCUUUUUGGGUUGUGUAUAGGAAAGGAGUCCUCUCACGGUGCAGGUUAUCCUUGGUUUCAUCAGCAGGUAGUCACCAUCCUUAAAGGACCACUAUAGUGCCAGGAAAACAUACUCGUUUUCCUGGCACUAUAGUGCCCUGAGGGUGCCCCCACCCUCAGGGACCCCCUCCCGCCCGGCUCUGGAAGGGGAAAGGGGUAAAAACUUACCUUUUUCCAGCGCUGGGCGGAGAGCUCUCCUCCUCCUCUCCGCCUCCGUUACGCCCCGCCGGCUGAAUGCGCACGCGCGGCAAGAGCUGCGCGCGCAUUCAGCCCGUCGCAUAGGAAAGCAUUUACAAUGCUUUUCUAUGGACGCUGGCGUGCUCUCACUGUGAAAAUCACAGUGAGAAGCACGCAAGCGCCUCUAGUGGCUGUCAGUGAGACAGCCACUAGAGGAUUAGGGGGAAGGCUUAACCCAUUCAUAAACAUAGCAGUUUCUCUGAAACUGCUAUGUUUAUAAAAAAAAUGGGUUAACCCUAGAAGGACCUGGCACCCAGACCACUUCAUUAAGCUGAAGUGGUCUGGGUGCCUAGAGUGGUCCUUUAACAUGCAAAAUAAAUAUUACUGUACAUUUUGGGAAGGUUUCAGGACAGGGAUUACUACACUGCUCAAAAAAAUAAAGGGAACACUUAAACAACAUAAUGUAACUCCAAGUCAAUCACACUUCUGUGAAAUCAAACUGUCCACUUAGGAAGCAACACUGAGUGACAAUCAAUUUCACAUGCUGUUGUGCAAAUGGGAUAGACAACAGGUGGAAAUUAUAGGCAGUUAGCAAGACACCCCCAAUAAUGGAGUGGUUCUGCAGGUGGUGACCACUUCUCAGUUCCUACGCUUCCUUGCUGAUGAUUUGGUCACUUUUGAAUGCUGGUGGUGCUUUCACUCUAGUGGUAGCAUGAGACGGAGUCUACAACCCACACAAGUGGCUGUUAGUGCAGCUCAUCCAGGAUGGCACAUCAGUGCGAGCUGUGGCAAGAAGGUUUGCUGUGUCUGUCAGCGUAGUGUCCAGAGCAUGGAGGCGCUACCAGGAGACAGGCCAGUACAUCAGGAGACGUGGAGGAGGCCGUAGGAGGGCAACAACACAGCAGCAGGACCGCUAUCUCCACCUUUGUGCAAGGAGGAACAGGAGGAGCACUGCCAGAGCCCUGCAAAAUGACCUCCAGCAGGCCACAAAUGUGCAUGUGUCUGCUCAAACAGUCAGAAACAGACUCCAUGAGGGUGGUAUGAGGGCCCGACGUCCACAGGUGGGCGUUGUGCUUACAACCCAACACCGUGCAGGACGUUUGACAUUUGCCAGAGAACACCAAGAUUGGCAAAUUCGCCACUGGCACCCUGUGCUCUUCACAGGUGAAAGCAGGUUCACACUAAGCACAUGUGACAGACGUGACAGUCUGGAGACGCCGUGGAGAACGUUCUGCUGCCAGCAUGGCUGGUUUGGCAGUGGGUCAGUAAUGGUGUGGGGUGGCAUUUUUUAUUUGAAGGCCGCACAGCCCUCCAUGUGCUCGCCAGAGGUAGCCUGACUGCCAUUAAAGGACCACUCUAGGCACCCAGACCACUUCAGCUUAAUGAACUGGUCUGGGUGCCAGGUCCUUCUAGGGUUAACCCAUUUUUUCAUAAACAUAGCAGUUUCAGAGAAACUGCUAUGUUUGUGAAUGGGUUAAGCCUUCCCCUAUUUCCUCUCAUUGACAGCCACUAGAGGCGCUUGCGUGCUUCUCACUGUGAUUUUCACAGUGAGAGCACGCCAGCGUCCAUAGGAAAGCAUUGUAAAUGCUUUCCUAUGAGAUCGGCUGAAUGCGCGCGCAGCUCUUGCCGCGCGUGCGCAUUCAGCCGGCGGGGCGUAACGGAGGCGGAGAGGAGGAGGAGAGCUCUCCGCCCAGCGCUGGAAAAAGGUAAGUUAUUACCCCUUUCCUCUCCCCAGAGCCGGGCGGGAGGGAGACCCUGAGGGUGGGGGCACCCUCAGGGCACUAUAGUGCCAGGAAAACGAAUGUUUUCCUGGCACUAUAGUGGUCCUUUAAGUACCGAGAUGAGAUCCUCAGACCCCUUGUGAGACCAUAUGCUGGUGCGGUUGGCCCUGGGUUCCUCCUAAUGCAAGACAAUGCUAGACCUCAAGUGGCUGGAGUGUGUCAACAGUUCCUGCAAGACGAAGGCAUUGAUGCUAAGGACUGGCCUGCCCGUUCCCCAGACCUGAAUCCAAUUGAACACAUUUGGGACAUUAUGUCUAGCUCCAUCCACCAAUGUCACGUUGCACCACAGACUGUCCAGGAGUUGGCAGAUGCUUUAGUCCAGGUCUGGGAGGAGAUCCCUCAGGAGACCAUCCAACACCUCAUCAGGAGCAUGCACAGGCAUGUGGAGGCCACACACACUACUGAGCCUCAUUUUGACUUGUUUUAAGGACAUUACAUCAAAGCUGAAUCAGCCUGUAGUGUGUGUUUCCACUUUAAUUUUGAGUGUGACUCCAAAUCCAGACCUCCAUAGGUUGAAAAUUUAGAUUUCCAUUUUUUAAUUUUUGUGUAAUUUUGUUGUCAGCACAUUCAACUAUGUAAAGAACAAAGUAUUUCAGAAGAAUAUUUAAUUCAUUCAGAUCUAGGAUGUUAUUUUUGUGUUCCCUUCAUUUUUUUUGAGCAGUGUAUUUUGGCCUCUAAUCCUUCCCCAUUUAGAAAGUUGACUCAGAUUAAUGUAGGAAUAAAAAGCUUGGUGUGUUGCGCCUUAGAUAUGCCCAUGUCUUGGUCUCUGUCAAAAUGUAUUUUGUAUUUGUAUUUGGUCAUUGUCUCUUUUUAAACUUCUGUUUAUUGUAUAUGUCGGUCUGCAAUGUACUUCUGAUUCAGUGUAACCACGUGAAACACUAAACUCCGAAAUAAAUAUUGUCAAAAACAAAAGAGGAACUGUCACUUUCCCUGGCAAAUGAAAAUUUCCUUAUCUCACACAUGCACAGAAUCCAUAUUCCUAGAGUGAGUACACCCACACUGAACCCCUUCUCUCAAGAUUCCGUCAGAUGUAAUACAUGAGGGGAUGGCUCAAAUAAGGGAUUGUCCAAUAAGUUACACAUAACAGCCUGUGUGUGUGCUGCAUGACCGCUGGGAAUGAGUUCAGGACAGGUAUUUUUAGUCCUUUAAUUUCAUUUUUUGAUACAUUAUCUGUGUACUCUCUUUAAAAGGAAGCCAUUUUCCCCAUAUGGUCACCCGUCUAACAAUUAUUCGAAAGUUAACUUUCUUCCAGAUUUGGUACUUGAUAUUAAUAGAUUUUCUAAAUUUUUAAUGCUUGGUUUUAAUGUGUCUGUGUUGUCCACUUAACUGUCUGACCGUUCAUGGAAAAUAGGAAGCUUUAAAUCUGUUUUACAAUAUAGAACAGAAUUACGCCAACGUGCUCGUAAUCCCAAAGUCCUGGAAAGCUGACCUAGAAAUUGAGUAAUUGUCAUACUAGCUUUAUGUAUAGAGGCGGAUAGAAUAUUGUUUACUUCAUCAUACUAUUUUUAACGCUUAAUUUAGAAUGGAUGGAAAUAUAGCAAUUAGAUCCACUCUGUUCAGCUGAGGUAUUUGCACGCUUUAUGUUUUUGGGUUUUUUAUAAGUGUUUUCGUUGAACAAUUGUGCAGCAGCUUCUUUGGCUGGUAUGUGAGGUGUUUAGCUCAAAAGGAGCUCUGCCUCUGUGUAUGCAUGUAGGUAUUUAUAGAGAUGUAUACAUUUUAUUUUAUUUUUUAUUUUUAUUUUUUCUCCUUCUUGCAAAGGAAAAAAAAAAAAUCUGUUGUGGCAUUGUGGUCUAUUUCAAAGCAGGUGUUCCUGCUAGAGAAUGUCCUGCCAAAAGAUGUCCAUGUUUUCUUUUUCCCCCAGAAUAUUUCAGCCUUAUCUGCAAUUGUUAAAUGUUUCUCAGAAGCAGCACUGUUUUCCUUUAGGAUCACUGAAGUGCUGAUUUAGAUUCAGCUUGGUGUCCUUCUAAGAAAUCAGUCUGCUGCUUUGAUGUAAACAGUUUUACUCUGCUAUUUUGCAGUAAGCACCUCUAGUGGCUGUGUGACUGGCACCCACUAGAGGCAUUUAAACCCUGUAAUGAGAACAUUACCCUUCUGCAGGACAGCAAUGUUUUCACUUGCAUGGUCAUGGUACCCAGACAAAAAAAAAAACAAGGGAAAGGGGGGGAUAUAUGGAUUAAUAUCUCCUAUGUGGUACCUAGACAAGUUUGUUGAGAUGAAGUGGUCUGGGUGCCUGUAGUGAACCUUUAAAAUGGCGCACUCGGCACCCGCACGUUAAAUGCCGUCUGUAGGUUAUGUUGUUUAUGCUACGUCUUUUUUUAUUUUUAUUAAUAUUCUUUCAGGUUUGUUUUGUUAGAAUUAGGUUUGCUCCAAAUGCCUAUCCCUUCUGUCUAGAAUUGCUGUGGAAUUACAGAUUACAGAAACCCCUGCUAUGCAUGAAUUAUGAGAAAAGUCAAGCAGUGUAAUAGAAAGUUAAAGGGUUACUCCAACCAAAAGACUGUGUUUUAAGAAAGCCGAAAAAAAAUAAUAAAACACCUAAAACUUACCUCUUUUCCAGCAGAGAGGCAAAGUUCUUGCAGCCCAGCCUUCCUCUUCUAACAUCACUCCCCCUUACUGGAUGAAUGUCAGGGAGGGCGAGCUGAUAAAAGGACAUGGGCGGCACAGAAGGAGGGCUCUGUCGCCAUUGGCGCAGGGCGCAAGCAUUCUGUGCGUACUGAGGUCACAUGCCAUUUUUGAACAGAAUUUUACUGGAACGUUUGUUUGGAACUUUUUUUUUAGGCUGGCUAACGACACUGCUAGAGGUAGAGUUAAAGCUCCAGCAGCAGAGGGGUUUCACGAACACUGAUCAUAAAGACUCUAAGCACCACUUUAAAUCACUGAAGUGGUCAUUAUGACUGCCUGAGUCACUUCCUGGUUUGCCGAGAGAUUAUGAAAUUUGCAGGAAUUGAAGCAAAACGCAGGGACUUAAAAAAUAUUGUUUUAAAGAACACGCUUUGGAAAAAUUGCUAUAUUUAUGAUGUUCGAUCAGUUCUUAGUACUUUUAAAUACAGGACUACUCCUUCGUAAAAUAAAGCACUGUAAAAGGAACACUAGUAUAACAACCACAAACCCCUCAUAGCAAUACCAGCACUGCCAUAGAGCAUUAGAUUACUUAACAUAUCCUUAAGCAAUAAAGAAAUUACCAUUAUAAAUGAUUUGUUGCAUGAUGAUGACAGGCUCACUGUAAACCUGAUGGGUGUCAAUAUUAAUACAAAGUCUAUUGAGCUGCUGAAUUUAGAGAAACUCCGCAUAAAUGAUCUCAAACCUGACUGUUAAAACUAGCUGCAGAAUUUCCUAAUAGAGUAAAAAUGAGAAGUCUAUGUGCACUACAGAAUCAUAUAUUUGAGGAUCCUUCUAUUUCUUAAAAAACAAUUUGCGCUUUUAACGGUUGGACUUGGAACACCAAGAUAAUUUAUCCAAGCCAUUAUAUAACAAAUAAUGAAAUGAUCUAAAAUUGUCGUCUGUUCUCUGUUUCAGCUUGAGAUCACUCUAUUUCUGCGUUGAAAGCCUUUAAAACAAUCCAUGUUCCCUAAUUCCAUUUUGAGAUCCUUCUGUAGUAGGUGAUAACAUUUUCUGUAUAACUGAUGUUUAAAAUUAGAAACUGGUGUUUUAGGAGUCAUUGAUACAUCCCUUUUCACCCUUUGUGGGUUUAUUAAAAAACCUGCCAAUUAGGCUCCAUUAUUUUCAUGUAAUCAUUGUAUGUAAACCACCCCCUUAGGUGUUGGACAUUUGCACAUGACAUUUUAAACACUUUUAACUAUGAUAAUGUGCAUGCAACACUAUCUCUUUAUUAGUUACUUGAGACCGCAACUUGCUCUUUAUGGAUGAUUGCUAUCCACUUCUCAGUUUGGGGGCAUUGAGUUUAUUCUAAGUCCUAAUACUCUGCUUGUAGUGUUCUCUAUGAGAUGCCAUCUCAGGGGCACUGGUUAACCUGGGUUUUUAUGCUUGGUUUGCUUUUACAGGUUUUUAAAGACUUGUACUUUGUUUUGCUAAUCAGUUUACUUUUUAUGGCUCCUCUUGUUUACAAAUUGCGUAGCUCAUAUACUGGCCUGUUGCUAUUUAGUAACCGCAAUGUUUACAUUGCAGGGCUAACUCUUUCUCUAGUGUCUGUCAUAAUGAUAGCUGCUAGAUGCGUCUUCAUGGCACUGACGGAGUAAGACUUGGUCACGUUACACUGAAGCCCCCAUAGACUGCGUUGAUUCAGUUUUUUUUUUUUAAAUGGGGAGGUUUGGGUGCAUGGACAACAGUUGCCAUGCAUUCAAUUGGACCAUGCUCGGGGACGUCAUGCCUCCAUGAUGUUGUGGGAGUCAGAAAAGUAAUCAUUUUUUUUUUUUUUUUCUCAAGAGGGGGGACCUAAAUUUACUAGGUACAUUGACACUAAACUAUUAGGAAUACAAGUUUAAAUUCCUAACUCUUUAGUGUCCCUUUAAGACAAAUCCAUUGCACAGGAUUAUGGUCAUUGUUCCUUUAUUACCAAUAUUUGAGUGACCGUAAAUUCUUCUAUUAAUUUCCUUAAGGAGUGUUCUUAAAGGGUUACUCCAGCCACCAUGACCAUUUGAUGGUAGAAUUAUGUAUGUGCAUUGUUUCUGGUUGAAACACUGCACAUAGAGAUAUAUUGUUAAUUGUGUGCUUUGAGCUAGUUGCACCCCCAGCACACAAAAAAAGUCUGCUCUGGCUGCCAAUAUAAAUUCUGUGCAUAAAAAAUGUCUGUCGUUGGCAAGCAGUGCAAACUGGCAACAGAUGUAAAAAGCUAGCUAUCCCUCCCACCAUUCAAGAAAUGGGAGAAAUCCUCCCUCGCCUUCCUCACUCCCUCUUGUUGGGCCGGAUUGCGCGCAUUCGUGCAAUCACAGGCUUCUCCAUGAGACACCUGUGAUUGAACCGUGUGAGGCCCCUGUGAUGUUGGAGAAGACUUGGAAGUCCCGUCCCCGUCCCCCCCAGCAUUUACUACAAAUUGAGGGGGUAGGGGGAUUCUCCAUAUUGCUCACUAGGGCAUAUUACACAGGGAAGAUCUAUCUGAUUGUAGCAGAAGUAUGCAUUGUAUGAAUAAUAUUAUCAUUUGUGUCUUUCAGGUGACAUACAGCAUGUUUGGUGCUUCAAGAAAGAAGUUUGUAGAAGGAGUCGACAGUGACUACCACGAUGAGAAUAUGUAUUAUGGCCAGUCAUCGAUGUUUCCACAUCGGCCGGAAAAAGAUGUAAGUCUUUUAGUUUGUUAUAGUGAUCUUCUCAUCAUGACCCCUGUUGCUUUUGUUGGGUUUACAAAGAAAUUAACUGAUGUUCUUACCUAAUGUGUUUUUCUUACAAAAUCUCUGUUAAAUAGACUGAACUGAAGUCUGAAUGCCCCACUUUUGUCUGUAAGCAUUUGCUAAAGGAACAUCUUUCAUGGCUGAUAAUUAAGUGUUCUUGCAAGAACACUUAUUGUUAUCUCACAUAUAUAUUAUUAUUCUUAUUAUAGCCAAAUUUGCCACCCUAACUCCUCCCACAGUUUUUACACUACAUAGACCAAAAUUUACCAAAACGUGCAGAUUGUUCCCGAUCGGAUUGCUAUUACUUUGUGGAACGUUUCGCCGAAUGGUUCACGGAAUAUCGUCGUUCUUGUGGCGAAAUUUGUCCCAUAGGAAUGAAUGGCAAAGCUAGAGUGGGAGCUGGCAAAAGCUGAAAAAUCAGGACAUGAUUUCUAAACUGCCACCACUCCCUUAUUUUCAGGCCAACCUACACAAAUCUUAUAUCAAAACGUUCAGCUAUCCCUGCUGCCACUAAACAUGUCAACGGCUAAGCCGUAGUCCUGAUAGUUUUCACAAUAUAAUCCUUUGUUUGCAACUAACGCCGUCCAUUGACUUUCAUUGAAACUUCACUCUGCAAAGCUCGAAUUUAAAGUGCAAUUUCUAAACUGCGACUGUGCCUUCAAUUUUAAUACUUCAGAGAAAUAUGCAUCAAAAUGUAGGUCUGUGUCUUGUGAUUCUCACAAUAUAAAGUUCUUCGCUGUAGGAUUUAUAGUUUUUAAAAUACGACCGUUUGAAGAUGGCAACCGCCAAAAUACUCUGACCUGUCAAGGCUGCAGCAGCAAGUGAUGUCAUAGACAGGGCCUUUUGAACACUUGCUAAUGUUUUUAUAAAUGUAUGCUUUAAUGUAACUGUGCAACAACGUUGCAAUUAAAUGUGCUAUAUAAAUGAUAAGUUACUCCGCCCACUCCAGUUGUAGACUACUGGUGGAGGCAAGAACACUUCACACAAUUUCCCCAGAAAUUGUAGCUUUUCUAGUUAUUAUUAUUAUUCUUAUUAUAGCCAAAUUUACCACCCUAACCCCUCCCACAGUUUUUACACUACAUAGACAGUAGUAUACCGAAACGUGCGGAUUGUUCCCAAUUGGUGUGUUAUUACUUUGUGGAACGUUUUGCCAAAUGGUUCACGGAAUAUCGUCAUUCUUGUGGCGAAAUUGGUCCCAUAGGAAUGAAUAGUUUUGAACAUUUUGCCAUUCAUUCCUAUGGGACCAAUUUCGCCACAAGAAUGACGAUAUUCCGUGAACCAUUUGGCAAAACGUUCCACAAAGUAAUAGCACACCAAUAUUUUUAGUACAAUUUUAGGGCAAAAAGGUUCAACACAUUGCUCAGUUAGCAUUAUGACUUUUAAUCAACCCUUCACUCAAAAUACGAUAUGUAAAAAAAAAAAAAAAAAGUACGACCACAAAAAAGUGAUUUUAAGGGAGCAUGUGGUAUCCAAUAUUUUAUUAUUUUCUUGUAAUAAUUAACAUUACUGUUUUAUAAGUGAUAUAUUCAUGUAUAUAUUUUUACAUUUUAUAGAUGUUGAAAUUGUUCCCUUGAACACACUUCGUAUUGCUGGUGAUAUAGGAUUCUCUGCAAUCUAUUUAAAGGAAUGUUCUUAAAUUACAAAUUUAAAUAUUGUGUUGAAUUAUUGGACUUCCCAUUUUAUGAAAAUAUAUUAAAGAUUUGGAAAAAUAAAAACCAAAAUAUUACUUACCUGUAAUCCAGCACUGGGACAGUCUAAUCACAGAAGCCUCUCUGUUUGCUAAUCUAAGUUGCAUCAUAUGCUUCUCAAAGAGACAUUUGGUUGUGCUGGGCAUGUUCACACUCCGCAAAAAGACCUUCUAUGGCAUUGAAACCAUAAUCUAAUAUCUUCCCAAUAAAAUAAAAACUCCUGUGUAACUAAAGUAAGGAUUAUUCCUCAUUGGUAAAAGUUUACUUUAGCAAUAUAGGAUUCACUUAAUUGUUUUUACACUCAUAGCUAGAAUUUUUUUUGUAUUGUUCCUACAUACAUUCAUACGUAAUUAGAAUACAAUUCUAAUCACUAGUACAUUUAUGAAUAGACCGUUUCAGAAACAAGGAUAGCUUAGUAAUAAACAUUAUGUGUACAAUGUUUUAUUAAAAAAAACCUGCUAGUUAUUUCAUAUGCAAGAAUAUUUAAAAACUAAAAAUCGAAGAAUUGGUGUAUUGUAUGUAUUUUAAAAUAAUAUAAUUGUAUUUAUGUAUUUGCUUUCACUCAAUGAAAACAUUUUUUGCCUUAUUUUUAAUUCAGAUGCUGGCAUCUCCAUCACCAUCCGCAUCGGGUCAACUGUCUCAAUUUGGGGCAAGUUUAUACGGGCAACAAAGUAUGUUACCAUUUUAUUAAUAGGUUUUAUGUGAUCAUUUUAUAUUGUUGACAUGCUGGUUCUUUAUACUGUUGCUACUUUAGUUUUCUACAAUUUUUAUUAUUCUUUAUCUUGUAUUAGUAAUUAAAAAAAAAAAAACGAAUGCAGAAAAGCUUUUAUGAUUUUGUUUUUUAUAUAAUGUUUAAAAUGUUUUUUACAUUUUAUUUAAAGGAACAAUAUAGCAUUAGAAAUACAAAACUGUAUUCCUAACACUAUAGGAAGCCCGUGUCCCUCACAUACUAGGUCCCCUCAUUGAAAUCGUCCCAUCACCUUCUCAGAUGAAGUGGUUUGGGUGCCUAUAGUGUCCCUGUAAGACCAGCUUAGUAUGUAUUCAUCAGUCAUGUAAGGUAAUUAACUGAAGGCAUUUUAUUUUUAAAUUGACUGCCUUCAUAAGGAGCAAUUUGGAAUAUUCUAAUCCUUUUGCUUUUUAAUACAAAUGAGCACUUUCAGCUAGCUGCUAUGGAAAAUAUAAUCUCUUACAAUCCUGCCCAUAUGUUAUAAUUAUAACACACACAAAUAUUUUAUUUCAUACCUGUUCAAGUUUACAGGUUGUAGAAAAAAGUAAGUAAAUUGAUACAGGGCACUUCCUAAAACUAAUUUGUGUAACUCUUUUCUUGUAUGGUGAGUUAUUUGCAAGUGGAGUAUUUUUCAAUGUGUGUGUUGUUUUAUGUGUAUUUAUUCCCCCCCCAUGUAAUUAUUUUGCAGGUGCACUAGGCCUUCCAAUGAGGGGGAUGAGCAACAGCACUCCUCAAUUAAAUCGCAGCUUAUCACAAGGCACUCAGUUACCAAACCAUGUAACGCCGACAACAGGGGUACCGACAAUGUCACUUCAUACACCACCAUCUCCGAGCAGGUAUGGUGGGUGGUCACGUAUGCAUAUAGAUAUUGUCGUAGAAAAGUUAAACUGGUUGAUUUCUUUAGAAUGAAUGUAUGCCACAUUGAUUAUAAAGUGAGGAUGGUGUUAUUCCCUAUAAUAUAGUACAAUUAUAAUAUAGCCAUGCUGUUUUGUAUUUUUUCUUCUUCAUUUUUUUAGAGGCAUAUUGCCGAUGAAUCCCAGGAAUAUGAUGAACCACUCCCAAGUUGGACAGGGCAUUGGAGGAAUUCCUAACCGGACAAACAACAUGAGCAGUUCAGGUUUAGGUAGUCCUAACAGAAGCUCGCCUAGCAUAAUAUGUAUGCCAAAGCAGCCAUCAUCCCGGCAACCUUUUACUGUGAACAGGUGAGCACUGUCUGUAUGGUACUCCAUUACUGAAUUUUAGAUGAACAUUGACAUCUCUUCCCAUAACUGCAUUUAUUUUAUACCACAUUCAAAGUACAUUUUACAUGGAACAUUUGAAAGAACUAUGUACACUGCGUGAGACACUCAUUUAUGUACACUCAUUUGCGUGAGAUUAGUGCUACAUGUCUAUGGGCACAGCUCCCUGUUUCUUUUUGCCAAAUCUCUUUUGGAGAAGUUUGGCAAGCCCUGACCCAUGUAGCCCUCUAUCUCUCUGUGUGAUAGUCCAUUCUAUAUCCGCACAGUGACAGGUCUGGGACUAGGCUGUAGAUGCAGAUCGAGCACUGGAUUUCAUCAAACUGCCCAAAUAUGGUUUGGCACAAACCAGGGUAUGGAUUAGACUUUUUAAGAACCAUAACCAUUGUAGCUCAUUGUAGUGGUUAUGGUGCUUACUGCCUCUUUUAAUAUAUACUUAAGAUAUAAGCAUACUAUUACCAGCAUAAUAUUUAUUUAUUUUAUUUUUCUCUGUUACUCGACUGUUAUUUUGUUUAUUCUGCUUCCUUUUUCUAAUCUUACAGUAUGUCUGGGUUUGGAAUGAACAGAAAUCAGGCAUUUGGUUUGAACAAUUCCUUAUCGAGUAACAUUUUUAAUGGAACAGGUAAAUGUUUCCCAUGUUUCUGAAUGUAAAGCCUACCUACACAGUAAUCUGAACCUACGGAUAUUUUAUUCUCAUGUUUUUCAUCUCCGCAUUCAUUGUAGGUAGAUCUAUUUUCUGCUGUAUCCACAAAACACAUUUUCCCAUAAUAAAUAAACUUAGAAUUAACUUCACUAAUUAUCUUCUAACCUCAGCAUAAUUUAUAAUUGAAAAACUCUUGAUGGUAAAUAUCAAUUAUUGUAUAAUGAACAGCAUGAUCAAUUGCAUUAUUGCUUAAAAUGCUUCAAACUGAUUAUCUUUUGUUUUAACUGAUUUAACACAGAAAGCGUGUGCACAUUAGUUCAUGUCUCAUUAAAGCACCACUAUAGUGCCAGGAAAACAUACUCGUUUUCCUAGCACUAUAGUGCCCUGAGGGUGCCCUCACCCUCAGGGUCCCCCUCCCGCCCGGCUCUGGAAGGGGUAAAAACUUACCUUUUUCCAGCGCUGGGCGGGGAGCACUCCUCCUCCGAUCCUCCUUCUCUCCUCCCCGUUGGCUGAAUGCGCACGCGCGGCAAGAGCUGCGCGCGCAUUCAGCCGGUCGCAUAGGAAAGCAUUCACAAUGCUUUCCUUUGGACGCUGGCGUGCUCUCACUGUGAAAAUCACAGUGAGAAGCACGCAAGCGCCUCUAGCGGCUGUCAAUGAGACAGCCGCUAGAGGCUUUGGGGGAAGGCUUAACCCAUUCAUAAACAUAGCAGUUUCUCUGAAACUGCUAUGUUUAUAAAAGAAUGGGUUAAUCCUAGCUGGACCUGGCACACAGACCACUUCAUUAAGCUGAAGUGGUCUGGGUGCCUAGAGUGGUCCUUUAAGUGAGAUUUUGAUUGUAUCCGGUACAGAAAUAUGAAACUAUCAGUUUUUGGUAGAACAUAACUUGUAAACUUAAUUAUUUAACCAAGAAAACCCGGUUCAGUCAAUUUCAAAAUGAAUAACUUCUAAAGUAUUACUCACUUAAAGGAUGAUUUAUGUAACUACUGAAACUAAAUGCAAACUAUAGGAUCGAUUGUAAGGAAGGUGUUGGAUAAUUGUAAAAAUUGUUUUUUUUUUUUUAGUUUUGCCUUUUAUUCCUCUAAAUUACUAGUGGUGGAGAAAACUGUGAGGUCACUCCAGGUUUGAUUGAUCUCCCUUUAAUAUACCAAGUAACAGUGGUUUCCAAUCCAAUCCUUAUGGUACGCCUACUAGUCCAGGGUUUAGGGAUUAUCCAGUUGUGUCAAGGUGUUUGUUUUGUUUUGUUUUUUUCCAUCUAAAAACACUGUAGAGACAACUGGGUAAUCCCUAAAUCUUGGACUGGUAGGGAGUACCUUGAGGACUGGUUUGGAAACCACUGCCAUAUAGAAUAUCUCAGGAUUUUGAUCUUUAUCUGGUGCCUCUGAUGUUGUGUAGAUAUCUGAAAUAAGGGCUCUUCCUUUGCUUUCUGUGGAACACAAGGGGUAAUGUCUCCAUGUUUAGGUGAAUUAAAAAAGUCAGUAAAGCGUGGCACCACUUCUCAUUUAGACUAUCAAAAGAGAUCUAAAAUCUAGAGGUUUAUUUUUUCUUCUUUAACUGAAUGAGUACCAAAGAGCAUCUUUGUUGCACAAAUGGGCUUUUCAUUCCCUGAAAUGCUGUAGGGAUUGUGUAACUGUACAUUUCCUGAUGGUUAUCUAGAAACUUUAUAGAAGGUGGUGCAGAAAGUAUUUACCUAAGGUACUUAUGAUUUUUGAUGUACUGAAUGGCCCUUUAACUCUUUUGCAAAGUUAAGUAAGAGCUUUUCUGGUCACACGUUAAAAUAAAAAGCACCGAGAUGUAUAGUGGUUUUUAUUUAUUUAUUCAUUCAUUCAUUAUUUAUUUUUACAUUUUAAUCACUGAGUUUAGUUUGCAUUUUCCUUUUGUAUAGUGGAAGUAAACUAAUGGGUAGUCACCUUGCUAUCGGACAGGUAAACUAUGAAAGGUCCCUCCUACAAAAUUUUCCCCCUUACACUAAAACACUGGGCUUGCCAGGAAGGGUCAGAUUUUCUUUUCCUGCAUGCAGGACAAAUAGGUGGCCACAUCUCCACAUUUGGAAUAGGUGAUAUAGUAACUUUGUAUUUUCAUAGACUGCAGGUGCUUUUUUUCCUUUAUGUAAGAAAUAUUCAAUUUGUCAUUGCAUUUGUCCAAAUAUUCCUGAGAAGAAAAAUCAAGGGCAUAGCUCUCAACUUUGGUGGGACAGGGAGACCUGUUUAAUUUUAGCAAACUCCUCCUAACAUUUCCACAUGUCCCCUACACUUUGUAGUCCAAUUCUGCACCUGGCUGAAGAGAAGGACUAUUAACCCAUUUUAACAGAUAUUGAACUACUGUUAUCAUUCUCGUUAUCAGAGGACAUACUUUCCUUCUUUAUAAUAGUAACUGAUAAUGUUUUAGAAGCAGUACAUCUUUUUGAUUGUAAGCUUUCCCUAACUGCCCUUAUUAUAUCCUUUUCAAUGUUAGGAUCUAUGUAACACUAUUUUAUUUGUCAUUACUGAACUCCUUAGAUUCAUGUUUCAGUUUCAAUUGGCUCUACAUAUAUAUUUCUUUGUUUUUCCUUUUCAUACAGUCAUUUUGCAUGGUAAGUUUUAAACUGAACAAAUAUGCAUUUCAGAUGGAAGUGAAAAUGUGACCGGAUUGGACCUUUCAGAUUUCCCUGCACUAGCAGACAGGAACAGAAGGGAAGGAAGUGGGAACCCAACUCCAUUAAUAAAUCCAUUGGCAGGAAGGGCUCCUUACGGUAAGCCAUAUGUUCGGAAAUCUAUCUAAUAUGAUGAUUUGCGCAUUCUACCCAAUUUCUGCCUGUCAUUUGUAUUCUUUAGACAAAUUAUGGCUAACCUAGGCACCCAAGUUGUUUUGUGAAUUAUUUUACAAUAGAAAAGAGAGUAUUAUUAUAUAGUUUACAUUAUUUAGCUAUGAUUACUUUAAAUACACAUGCCAUGGUUUUCUUUAUCAGCUUCUUUAUUGGCAAACUCACCAAACUCCUUUAAUUUAAAGCUAUUAAUUUUAAGUAUAUAUAUUUUUUUUUACGGAUCAGCUGGAAUAUUUUGCUAAAUAUGCAUUAAAUAUGGUAUUUUUGGAUUCCUCUAUGCAUUUACUGGUAGAGGAAUUACUAGAUGAAAAAAAUGAUAGUAUUUUAAUAUUUCCCCAGAAUAAAUCUGAAACAACCUCUAUACUAAAACGUGACGUACAGUAGGCAGUGUAAAUUAUUAAUGUGCAAAUUAUCUUUUUGUAGUCGGAAUGGUGACAAAACCAGCAAGCGAGCAGUCACAGGACUUCUCGAUACACAAUGAAGAUUUCCCUGCAUUACCAGGCUCCAGUUAUAAGGACCCAACAUCGAGCAAUGACGACAACAAAUCUGUAAGUAAUUUUUGGUAAUGUUUAGAAUUAAGUACUGUUGACUGUAUUUCAGGAUGACUUGCUAUAAACAGAUGUGGGUUUUAUAUAGUUUCCUAGUUUCUCACCAUCCAUGUUAAACUUAUUAACAAUAAACUAAUAUUAUUCCUAAAGUAAUAUUCAAUAAACUAGUGUUAUUACCUCAGCAGUAGUUGGAGAAAACUGGAUAGUACUCUUUAGAGAAGCAGUAUCUAGGCAUGUGAUUUUGUUUUUUUAAUAUUGCAUAACACUUUGACUGGGUGGUCAUGGCUUAUUAAACUUCAGCACCCAGGAUAAAAAAAAAAAAAUGAAUAUGCAUUGGGUAUUUUUUUAAUUUCCCUCCUGGUAGAAUUAGAAAAUGACAGGGGGCACAAAUGCAUUGUAUACUUGCCAUUCUCCAAUUCCCAUUUUCUCACUUGCCAAUCACAAAAAGGCACACUGCACAAUUGGUGUAGAUAUAAAAAUCUUAGCUGUUCCCAAGAUUAAAAUACUACAUGUAUUUAAACGCCAGCACACUAAACAAGUUCUAAUUCACAAGAGAAAAUUGUCUCACACCCUGCAUACUAAAAAAUGCAUUUUUAUAUGUAUGAACAGAACAUAAACAUUGUACAGCGCUACAGAAUUAGCUGGCCCUAUAUAAUUAAUAAAAAAGCCAGUUGGCCUAUCUGAGCCACAGUCUUAACAUUUUAGUUGUGUAGUUUUGCCCCACUGGACUUCAAACGUUAUAACACAUGUAGUAUGAAGUCUGCAUUUGCCACUAGUUUUAAGAAAAGUGGUGGAGCAAGGUAAUAAUGGUGAUAAUAAAGUGCUUUAGUGACCUGUAACUCCCCAAAAAAAGCUUAUUUCACGCUUGGGUAUAUCUAUAGUCAUCUUGUAAAGUUGUCUGUGAAAUGUGUUUUUUACAUUUUGUCUUUAGAUUUUCCAUGGCUAAAUUAAUUCCUGAUCAUUUCACUUUUUUAAAAGUUUUUCUUAUAAAUUAGUGUUUAUUAGUUGAAAUGUUAAUAUUAACCUGAAUAGUUAAGUAAUGUGUUCAGAUAUUACUCAUGAGGUUUUUGUGUUUAUAUUUGUGUGCGUGCAGAAUUUAAAUACUCCAGGAAAGACUGCCUCAAGUACAGACGGACCCAAAUUCCCCGGGGACAAAAGUUCCACAACGCAAAAUAAUAACCAGCAGAAAAAAGGGAUUCAGGUUAUGCCAGAUGGUUAGUGGUUUUUGUUUUUGUUUUAGUUUUUUUUACUUUGCGGAAAAUGUUUGCUUUUAGAUGCUGUUCAGGUAAUUUUACAACACAGUGCACUGAAGGCGAACUUAUUUAUCCUAAAAUAUCAACACUUCAGUUAAACACAAAAACAGAAAUCAUGAUGUGUGUGUGAUCUGAGUUUAUUUUAAAAUAACUGCAUUAAAAAAGUAAAAUAGAAAAAUAUUUUGCCCUUUCUCCUGCUUACCUUUCUUUGCAGGGAGGAGGCUAUCUUCCCUGGUAGUCCCGGGUGUUUAAUGAUUCCCUUGUGGUCCGUGGGGAUUUCUAAUCAUUGGUGGUCCACUGGAGUUAAUAAUAUUAAAUCCCUGCUUUUUCAGUAAUCUUAAAGAAACACUAUAAUGUGAGACAUACAAAUAUGUAUUCUUAAGGCUUUAGUGCCCUAGUUGCCUUUUAGUUAACUGGGCAAACGCUGCCAAGUAUUUUACUUGCCUAUUAGCCCUCUCCAUGCUGGUCUUCUCUGUGAACCUCUGCCUCUUUGCUGCGGUCAUUAAGAAAGCUUUGGGAGGCUAGUGCGUAUGCGUGGUCUGGCUCUCAGUGAGAAAGUACAGGAACAUGCUGGAAAUCCCAUUGACUGCACGGACUUCCUCAUUGAGAAAUGAAACUAAGGGAGAGGUUAAUAUGGUUUAUACCACGUAGAGGUGCAGACUACAUCCUCGACCACCAGGGAAUCAUUAUUCUUAUUUAAAUAUAUCCUCAGACUCUCCGCACGUCUGCCGGCAUGUCCGAAGGCAGCUGCCUGUGCCGUCUUACUAGUGCAUUCCCCCACAGUGCCUGCAAUGUUGCGAACCUCUGGUUCAUGUGCCAGAGGUUCACCUUCACUGUGGUAAAGUGCAUCAAUAUGUUAUUUUGCUUACACAUAUUUCCAGUUAGAAACUUAAAGUCUAACAUUUUCAUGGCUUAAAUUUAGAUGUGUUUUAGGCAGUCGGUAAAACCCAUGUUGUCCACCAGUGGCAUUGUUAAAAACCUCUCUGGAUUUUUACUCCUUUUGGCCUCAGAUUGGGUUACACCGUCUGGAGACCUGCUGUGUUUUGAACUUUAAAAUACAAACCGCGUAUUACUCUGUAAACUGGUAAUGAUGGAGAAUUUAAAGAGGUAAUUGCAGAUUCUAAAACCAAAAAUCAGAAUUUGAGAAAUUGCAUUUCAAUUGACUGGUUUGGCUAUUCACAAACAGCCAGAUUACAGACAAAUUCCCUUCUUCUAGUUGAAUUAGCUUCACUGGUAGACCAGGGAAUUUCACCAAUUCCUCUCAGGCCAGCUUGCCAUAAAUCAGUCCGACGCCACCAUCACCUCUCCCCCCACCCCCCCCUCCCUUUUCUUUGUAAUUACACCACAGUCCAAAAUCUCCCUAUCUCACCCAAACCCUACAUAAGAAGUUUGUUUUCCGUAGCAGUGGGAUUCAGCUGCAGUUCUGUACAGCUGUUUAAAUAAAUCUUAGCACUGCAGCAGCUAGAUCUAUUCAAUGUAAUAUAGUCAGCUUGCAGUUGAUAGUUAACAUUAGAGGAAUUUUAUUACCAGAGUCCUAGAGAAUCGAGCCACAUCAAAGUAGCUGAAUUAGCUUUUACAAUGUAUGUUGGGAACAGGCUACUAAAUCCCAAUGACUUGUUUUAUAGCUGAUGUAGAAAACGGAAAAUACAUGAAGGCUCAAAAGGCCCAUAAAGAUAGGUUUCACUGGAAUGGCUAAAAUCUGGUAUUAACAUAUUGUUAAACCAUUUUACAGAACAUAGUUUGUUGUGCUGUAAUUUAUUUUUAUUUACAAUGCUGUACUUUUGAAGUACAUCACUAUUCAAAUUAUUACAAUGUGUUUAUAGUUUCAUUCUUGUGUUGCCACUACUAUAAUUUUAAUGUGGUGUUUUUUUUUCUUCUUCUUUCAAAUGGAUGCAGUCUUAACAACACCUUGUUUUUGUCCUGUUCAGGGCGAGUUACCAACAUUCCUCAAGGCAUGGUGACAGAUCAGUUUGGCAUGAUUGGCUUGCUAACAUUCAUCAGGGCAGCAGAAACAGAUCCAGGGAUGGUACAUCUUGCAUUAGGAAGUGACUUGACAACACUAGGCCUCAAUCUAAACUCCCCAGAGUAAGUUAACUGGAUCUGAAAAAAAUAGUUUGACUUUUGAUGAGUUUUGUUUUUAUAUUGUCUGAUGCUGCCAUGUUGUUUUCGUGCUGAUUGUAAUUGAGACUGCAUUCAUAAAUGUGUUGUCAAUUGAAUCUCGUAUUGGAAAGAAAGUAAACUUUCAUUCCCUACUAGAUGGCUCAGUGCAAUGUUAUACUCUAAUUAGGCAUGCUUUUAUAAAUACAAUGUUUAUUCCUCCUUAUCAAAGGGCAUUAUUCUGUCAAUGAGACAGCCACUAGAGGCUGCAUUAACCCUAGUGUAAAAAUUCUCUGAAACUGUUUACAGCUGUAGGGUUAACCCUAGAUGGACCUGUCACCCAUUGAGCUGAAGUGGUCUGGGUGCCUAUAGUAGUUCUUUAAUAAUGCUAAGGAUCAAAUACAAUCCUUACUUUUCCUCACCCUACUAUUCAUUUGGUUGCUAUUCAUCUACAACUCUCAUUGCUAGGUGUUCGGGAUCAGCAAGUCAAAAAUUACCAAUAUUGGUUAUCCCAGUGUAGCAUAUCAUUUUUCAUAUGUAUUAAAAAUUCAUCUAUCACAGAUCUAUAAUGAAAUAUACAUCAUCUUAGGAUCUAGCAUUAUGGCAGUGAGAAACGUAAAAAAAUUUUUAUUAUUAUUAAUCUUGUCUUUUGGAUUUCUUUGUAUUAGGGAAGUGGUAAAUAUUGUGACUGGAAUUUCACAUUAAAAAACACUAAACGGUUACUAUGGCUCCUUUAGCAGCAAAUAAUUGGUUAAUUAACCCCAUUUGUUUGGUUACCUUAAUCCAGCUUCCUCGGCGCUGGUGACCUCUCCUCCUCCUCCAUCGACGUCGGCUCCCGAGUGCAACUGAAUGCUCAUGCGCUGCUGCCAGAGGAGUGCGCACAUUCAAACGCGCCCAAAGGAAAGCAUUACUCAGUGCUUUCCUAUGGGGAUCUUUUUUGCCGCGUGAGGUCUGCCGUUUCUCUAAAACUGCUAUUUUUACACUGCAGGGUUAUAACUAGGGGGACCUGGCACCCAGCCCACUUCAUUUAGCUGAAGUGGUCUGGGUGCUUAUAGUGGUCCUUUAAGCAGUUCAUAAUGUAUAAGACAUAAUUGUAAAUACGAAAACUUGACUAUCACAUCGCAACAGAUGUAGUUUCUUGUGUGUUGUCACUCCCCUUGUGCAAGUAAAAACGGUAACUAAUUCGAUCACUGGUUAUUUGUAAACUAUUUUAUCAUUCUCUGUGAAGUGGUCAUAUGACUAGCAAAGUUCAUGCAAAAUACCUGUUUUGUAAUCAUUAUUCAAGAUGACCAUAUUUAUGGACUGUGCUUUAUUUGCUUCAGUAAAUAAACUCUUAAAACUCAUGCCACACCUUUUUGUUUUUCCAUUUAUUUCUGCUCAAUUUUUUUUAUUUGGACUAAUCUUGUGUAAUCGAUCUCUGUGAAUAGCAUUCUUAUUUUAUCUGCUCUUCAUAUUUAGUCUAAUUCCACUGUACUGAAGCAAUACACUGUUACUAUAAAUGUUAUAAGCUCAACAUUUUAUUUGUUUAAUAAAGAAAAUUUUUUUGCAGUCUUAAAGGGUUCCUCCAAGUACCAUGACCACUGAAGUGAUUUGAAGUGGUCAUGGUAGUAGGAGUCUGUAUUUGUAGUGUUUUAGCUUGAAACCAUGCACAUACUGAGAUAAUUGUAGUUGUGUGCUAAUUGCACCCCCAGCACACGUGACAUUGGAAGCCCAGAACUCUGUUCCGGGUUGGCAAUGUAAAUACUGUGUGUAAAAUACAUUUGUCUUUUUAGACAUAGAAAUCUUCCCCUUGCAAGUACAGGGUGGCCCAUAAGUCCCUACCCAUCCAUAUAUGUUAUGUAAUCAGUGUAUCUGUGUGCUGGAUUGGUAGGGACUUAUGGGGGGCCAACCUGUAGAGUGUCUAAAUGCCUACUACUCCCUCCCUCCCUCCCCUUGCUGACCUGGAUCUCGCGCAUGCAUCUCGAGGCUGCGAAAUUGUUCAGUCACAGGCUUCUUUAUGAUAAGCUGGUGAUUGAACUGCGUGAAACACCAGUAAUGUUAGAGAGGGUGUGGAAGCUUUUUGUUCAACACUUGAUUAUAGGGGAGUAAAAAAUGUUUUGCUUGUUUUCCAUAUUCUACUGGAAAGGACCCUCAAGGGUUGAAGAAGUAUUUCUUUGUCGUUUUGAAAAAAAUAUUUAAAAUUAAAAAAUCCAUUACCUCUCAUUAUAUGUAGGUAGAUUUAUAAGGGAAUAUUUCAACAAUGCUGUAAAUCAAAAUAUCCCCUAAUAAGCCUUCUUAAAAAAAAAAAAAAAAUAAUAAUAAAAAGAUACUCUCGUCCUGACAGACUGACAUAUGUACAUCAUUACGGAUUACAGUGUACAAUGUUUAGAUAGAUAUGCUAUGUGAGCAUGUAUGUACAUGCAUUUAAGUUUAUUUCUUAUUUCUUUAAACAGAAAUCUUUACCCAAAAUUUGCUUCACCGUGGGCAUCAUCGCCGUGUCGACCUCAAGACAUUGGUAUGACAUUUCAUGUGGUGACAUUGAAGUUCUAUGUAAUUUUAUUAUACAUUUUUUAAGCAAAUGGAUUUACUGUAAAUUGUUCACAAGGUGGCAAUGCGAUUGUUACAGCAGCACUCUGUAUAUCAUUUGAAAAUCCCUUACAAAAUAAGUAAAGCUUUUUGGAAUAAUAUAAUUUUUGUUUCUCUUUUGUAGAUUUCCACGUACCAUCGGAAUACUUAACGAACAUUCAUAUUAGGGAUAAGGUCAGUAAUUUUCUGUGAACAAUUAUUCACAAAGUGUUUUACUAAAAACUAGAAUAGGGAGACGGUGCAUUCUUAAAUUUUUAAAUGGCCAAUGUUUAACUAUGGUGUAUGAAAAGCUCACGUCUAAAAAAGCAUAUGUAUAAAUAACCACGAGACACAGCAAUUUUUAGUAUAUAACUGGAAAGUUGGUACACUUGCAUCUAUAUAUUUUUGCAUUAUAAAUUCUAGUUUUCCAUGCAGUAGCCUCCUAGUCAGUAGCUUCAAGCCCCCUUCCCACCUCCCCCACAACUCCCUAAUUAGAGAUUAUCCCCUUAAGGACCAAAUUUCUGGAAUAAAAGGGAAUCAUGACAUGUCACACGUCAUGUGUCCUUAAGGGGUUAAAGUACUUUACAAAAGUGGAUUUCUCCGACUAUAUCCAUAUUUAUUGUGAUCCUGUAGACUCCACAGUGACAGAGCAAUUUCUGUAUUGCACAUUGCAAAUAUUCAGUGGUCUUAAACGUUAAAAUCACAGAAUCUUCAUCUAUCAUAAUAUUUCAUGACAUUUAAUAUGACUGACAGUGCUGCAUGAAAUAAUUGUUUUGUGCUCUUUUUACUAUUCACAAGUAAAACUGGAUAAUGAGGCAUGACAUUUUUGUUAAUUUCCCAUAUUCAGAGGAGAAUUUGGAAUGGCUCUCUUGUAGGAAUAACAUUACUAUAAUGCUUUAAAUAAAAGCAAGCAUAUUGUUUUAUAUUUUACCAUAUAAAAUUGCUUUAAUUUUGUUUCACCUUUGUUUUCAUUUUUUUGUUUGUUUUUUCUUUUCUAGUUGGCUGCAAUAAAACUUGGCCGAUAUGGAGAAGACUUAUUGUUCUAUCUCUAUUACAUGAAUGGCGGAGAUGUUUUACAGCUUUUAGCUGCUGUCGAACUGUACGUUUUAUCUGUUUUUGUUUACGACGCAUGCCCUUGUAAAGUGUGCUUGUGUGUGUUCCUGAUUAGUUUAAUGCUAUUUCACCUUUCUGGUAUAGAUCAUCUUUACAGAUGGAAUAAAAUUCUAAUCUUUCCCUAGAUUAAAUGUUUUGAAUUUUCAAACGGCAGUGUCCCAACUCAUGGCACAUAGAACACUAUUGAUGGUUGUAGGUUUGCUGUGCCAUGUGUUGAUGAAUUUUGGUCUACUUUUCGAAUUACCAGCUGCUUAUUGAUUGUUACGCUGCUAUCCCAGCAUGCUUUGGAAAUGAGAACGAUUUAGUUUUCUGUCUGCUACUUUUGCAUUAUACAGUUAUGUUUAUUAGAAAAAAAAAUCUCUUGCUCUUCUAGCAUUGUGUGUAUUUCCCUCUUAUGAAUUUAUACCGAAUAUAUCUAUGGAAUUUAGAAAAAGUGUGCUUGCAGUUAGUCCAUCUUAAAAACUUUAUAUUUUUAACUGCAACAACAGGGCAGCAACAUUGGAUUAGAAAUAUAACGGCUACUUUCAGUAGCCUCACAUUCUACAUUUUUAAAAUUUAUUUUAAUUCAUAACCGUUUUUUCUGAAUAAUUAAAAUUGUAUACAUCUAAAUGCUGGAGGCAAAAGUCGUUACAUGGCUUAUAAUAAAUAUUUUUUAUUUGGGUAAUUUUGUUUAGAGAAAUACCACAUUUUUUACAUUACUUUUAUGAAACGCUGCCUUCUGAUACUUGUAUAGCAUAGUUUUGCUCGGCAGCAUAUAGGCUAUUUCUUUAAUUAAGAGCAUUGUUUUCUCCAAGGUUUCUUCAAUUGAUAAUGUGAAAUAAAAUGUCUUAAAAAUGUCAGUUGUGAAAAAAAACAAAAACCUCUUUCACAUUGACAUAAUAUAGUUUGAGGGGCGCUCUAAGCAACAUAACCCCUUUAAAAAUGGCACGAUGUAAAAUAAGUCUUCACGAAACAUAAGAGGAACAUAAUAAUCAUCCACUUUGAUAAUGUGGCAUUAAACCUUUAGCAUCAUCAGUGUCAAUUCUGUCUAACUAUGAUGACUGGUUGGCUGAAAGUGUCGGGAUGAGUUAGCACUUUCAACCAGGCACUGUAGUCCUGUUGUACAACUUGACAUAGGUAAUGCUGAAAUAUGCCUUAUUAUUAGGGCAACCAAGAUUUGGAAGAUCAUUGGCUUUUAUCAAACCAUUCUUAAAUGAUUUGAUAUUAAACUGAAGGGCUGUGGGUGGGACUGUAAGCAGAGCAGCCUAAGCGCUUACAAGGAUCUUUAACCUUUCUAACUAAUGCUUUGAAAAUACAGCACCAAGUUAUUUACCAGUUUGUUGUAGAACAGAGAAAUGCUAUUAUACAUUGCAAUAAGUGUCACACUUUUUUUUUUUUUUUCCUUCUUAUUCCAGUUUCAACAGAGACUGGAGAUAUCACAAAGAAGAAAGAGUAUGGAUUACCAGGGCACCCGGAAUGGAACCAACUAUGAAAACGAACACCUAUGAGAGGGGAACAUAUUACUUCUUUGAUUGUCUUAACUGGAGGAAAGUUGCAAAGGUACAAAUCCACUGGAUAUUUGUGGAACUGGUCACAGGGUUGUAAAUAAAUGUCUCCCUGUAUACAUGUUUGAUCCUAUGAUCAUUUUAACUAGUUUCCUGAUGUUUUAUUGUUAUCACCAAAUUGUCCACCCAGGUUAUGAAUUCAAUGGUUACUAGCAUGUUUUUACUCCCAAGGCCAGGACAUCUUUGUGUGGUUUGUUAGAAUUAUAGCCACUUUACAAAAUAUCAUAAGUAAAUUGAUGUCUUGCUGCUGUGGCUGGGAAGGACCUUUCACUAAUGCCAUUUUCCUUCACACUAUACAGCAUGCAAAAUCAACCAAAUUAUUUAUAGACAUGAGUCUGUAAUAUCAUCUUACAAAUGGCUUUACAUAAAAUGGCACACUGAGACUUGUCUUUUAUACAUUUCACUUUUUCCGCAAGAUACAGGAUGGUAGAGAAAGCAGUCAUUAGAUCUACUGGGAGAGACCAGAAUAAAAUAACCAAACUAUCGCAUUUAAACUCUGCUUUAUCAAGUAUGAUUUAAAACAGCACUGUGCCAAUUUAAACCCAGCUAGAAUUAUGCUAAUGUUUAUCACAUUAAUUUUGUGUGUGUGUAUAUAAUAUUUUAUUUUCACACUACACUUAUUUGUCUCCCACAUGGGUACAUACUGCGUAGUAGUGGUGGGCUUAACGCGUUAUGGCCAUAUGGUGGAACUGAAUCCCCAUAUUUAUUUGUUGAGAUAGAUCAUUUUAAGUAGCCUUGUAAAAUUUAAAACUGUAUUUUUAGUCUCUUGGAUUUCAUCCAGCAGUUGUGUAUAAUUUUUAUAUUGAGUGACUUAAUCCUGUCCUAUCAGUUUGGCUGUCUCUUAUCUAGUACACAGUUUCACCAGUGCAUUCAAUAUAGUAUUGUGUAUGUACGGUAAUGAAUGCUGUAAAAUGGUAAUGGGACUAUAGCAAAUUACAGCACAUAUAUAGCAUAUCGUACCUGAAUGUCAGGACUGGAGGGAGGGUAAUCUGAAAUACUUUAAUACAGCUUCCUGGAUUUAGUAUAACUGAUCAAAUUAGGCCAAUUAUGGCAGAGGCUGACUCAUUGUAAAAUAACACAAAUCUUUAAGGAAACUUUUUACUUGGGUUUCUGUAAAAAAUGUUCUGUAGCAACAGAAGAAUAAAUAGAUUAAAUAAGCAUUCAAACUGCUUCCUGAGGAACGAGCUUAAGUGAAUUUCAUGAAAACGGUUACAUGGCAAAUGCCAUAAUUUAUCGAAUGAUUUGGUGCCAUGUCUUCCUAAUCCGAUACAGGCCCGACAUAUUGAUUGAUACACCCAGAAUAUUUGUGUAGUACAUUUUGUGUAUCUAGAUUGCUGUUUUUAGCUCUUGAAUUAAAAUCAGAUCUGUAGUAAGUUUACAAUUUAAAGCAAAUUAGAACACAACUCCCUGAGUACGUUUUUAUGUAGCUGUACAUUCUGUAUUUUUCAUCCUGUAUUAAAAAAAAAUAUUUUAAUCACAUCUUUAAAAAAAAAAUUGAUUCUGGCAUCAAGUGUUGCCUAAUGACCCGGACAUCCCUCUAGUGGCUCUCUGGUAGAAAGCCACUAGAUGUGCAAUUAACCCUCAAACUGCAAUAAUUACCUUUGCUGGGUUAAGGGCCCUGGGACACUUAGUAUGGACCGAUCCUGCACCAGUGACGCAAGUCACAUCACUUGUCCUACCUAUAAAGUAUUCAGUAUAUCCUACUUUCUACAUCAUCACGAGUUUCUCUUUAAUGCGGCAAUUAAUGUAGCAAUGUCCAAUAUGGCUUUAUUUCAUCACACAGAAGAAUGAAAGGACAUUACAGCAAGCAGUGUAUUUCACGGAGGGACUCUUUAAUUACAUAUUUGUUUUUCUUGGUAGGACAUAAUGCUCCCUGUCCAAACAGAAGUACAUGUCCUUGUAAAUUGUCGAAGCAGCCCAGUCAAGAAAAUACGAACACCUUCAUAAAAUGCUACUCUCUCCAAAUAAAGGCAAAAAUUGUAGAAGUACUUAAGAGAUGAUGAUACUAUGUAAUUGUAUCUAUAGUGUAGUUGUAAGGGCACUGAGUACAUUAAAUAGUCUCCAUGUGUUCUCUAUCAGUGCAGUUUAUUACAGUUCAUUCGAUUUCUGAAUGGUCUGGAGAAUAAAAUAUUUUGCAUAUAACCACUGCAGGAGGUAUGCAAAAACAAACAGGGUGUUCUCAUUAUAGGUUGCCUCUUCAUUUGUUUUUUGUGUGAAUAGCAGAGUGCUGUGUUUUACUUUACCUAGCAAUUCCUCUUUGAAGAUCUGUGCUUAUAUACAUUAGGGGGUGGGUUGUAUUUCUUUACCUUUAAAGAUGGCUUUUUAUUUUUUUUUCAUGCAAGUUUUGCUGUGUCCUUGCUCAACCAUAAUUUUCCUUUCUCUUUUAGUGUCCCCACACAUUAUACAAACAUUUUGUUUUAUUAUUAUUGUUUAAAAACAUUCAUAGGUCACCUAUUUAAAUGCCUGAAUUGUUUGGCAGAGCCAAAUAAUAAAUACAUGUCCUUUUCAGCCAGUCAAAGCCCAUGUGAUUGUGAUAAGUGUUAAAAUCCACAGUCUUCAGAACAGGCUGUUUUUUUGUUUGUUUCUUUGAUGCAAUGGAGUGCAACUAUCAUUACUCACGCAUUACACACUUUCCCCUGGCUGAGAAUCAUGGGAGUUGCAAUCCAUAAAUAUAUAAAGCAGUAUAAUGUAAACCUAAAUCCCUAAACCUAACCUGUUAAAACGCUCUGAAGUGUAAGCGCUAUGGAAUCUGUUGGCGCUAUAUAAAUGCCAAUAAUUAUAAUAGUGUGUGAUUGCAGCAGGAGAGGGAGAUCUCACUCUCAUGCUGCAUCUCCUGCAUGCUCUCACUGACCAUCACACAGUUAUGGGUGCUGGACAGCAGGCACAGUCUAGUGUUAAUCAGGAUUGGCAGGGAGACCUGGUCAAAGUCUCCCUCUAAAAGGGGAAUGCUGGGGAUCAGCACUGGGCUAUGUGUGCUGCUCAGCAUCGAUCACUGUGGCUGAAUGUGAUAGUUCAGCCUCUGUGAUGACAGAUGACUCGCGUUGUUUAUGCUGGGUCCACUAAAUCUGGCCACAGCUGACAAAGGGGUGUGCCAGAUAUCGAUUUAUACGUGGAUCUCGCCAGUGCCUGCAUGGACUUAAACUCUGCAGGCACGAAAAUGAAAAGAUUUACUGGUAGUGCAUGUUCCGGUGCUGUAUAGUCACACAUACCAUAUCUGUGUGCCUUUUGUCAUAAUUUAUUUCUUAUACUUUGGAGUGAUAUCAUGUAGAUUGCUCACCACAUAUGUAAUGCUUUUGGACUUGUUUCUAGCGAUUUUACUAGCAUUAUCUUUGCAGAUUGCAUAUAGCACGAAGUUCUAGGACAUAGCUCACUUUAAAAAUCACAUCAAAUGUAGUAAGUAUUUGGUUUCAUGAAAUGGACAAUCCAAACGCCAUAACCCUUUUUGAAAGAAAAAUAUUGUUGAAAAAUUGCUGCAGUUGUUUGAUCACACUCACUGCCUCUCCCUGAGUGUAGAAGAUCUUGUAAAUCGUUUGCAAGGGUUAUCUAUAACUUUCUAGUAGUUCCCUGUAAAACAGCUGUUUGAAUUUGCGACAGCUGCAGUUAACUUCCCCAUAUAUAAAUGAGGUGCACAACUGCUGAACUACAAAUCCCACACAUCCCUGCUGGACAGGUAUAUGGGCUAUGAUUGGCAAUCCUAUUGAAAACAAUGAAAGGCCUAGGAUUCUCUGAGAAACUCUGAAACUCUCCCUGGUCUCCACAGUAGUUCAUUUGCAUAUGUCCACAUGAAUGAAACAUGGUUGUGUAUCUGACAGUGAUCAGGAAAUGAUUACCUUAAAAAUAUAAUAUAAUGAUACCUUAAGGAACCCCGAAAGUCUGAAAUAACAUCAAUUCCUGUAUUGACAACAAAACAAAUAGUUUGUAUUGUUUCAUCCAAGUAUUAAGGGCAUCCAUGCAGUAAAAUCGAUGUACAUAACCUAGAGUUGUAGAAUUGGCAAAUGACACAAAGAUGUUUUAGAUGUUUGAUCUGAACAUAUCAUCUAUCGAUGUGUGUGCUUUGUCUCUUCAUCUCUCAAAGGCCUUUCUUGACAAGGGUUCAUUCAAGGGUUCAAAGAUUCUAACAUAAUCUGCAAACAAAGUCUUUUUUGCUAAUUUUUAAAUCAUUUUGAAAAUAUGUCCUUUGAUUUUCAGGAAUACCCCAUUUGCAUAAUAGCUGAUGAUCUUGUGUUCUCUGACAGGAGUUCCAUUUGGAAUACGACAAGCUAGAAGAAAGGCCUCAUCUGCCAUCCACCUUCAAUUACAAUCCCGCUCAGCAAGCCUUCUAAAGACUUCCCUGUUCAUGGGGUAUGGCUGUCUCAGCACAAUACACAACAAAACUGCAGAACUGAUGUGGCUCAGGCAUCCUGGUUUUAAUUCCUUGAGGAUCUGGCAAUUGUCUCAUGCAAAGGGAUCGUCACUUGAGGUCCUGCCUUACUAAUUAUGUGCUGCCCAACAACUAGAAUUGUAGUUUGUUUCUUUAGUUUGAGCAGGGUCUGUAUUUUUUUUUUCUUCCUUUGUUUUUGUUAUCAUUUUAUGCCACCAGACACAAAUGGAUACAGAACACUGACAUAAGUUUACCACUUAGUUUCCAAACUGUUCAAAGGAAGAGCGAGAGAGAUAGAGAAAAACCUAAAAUUAGUCAGCGAAGUUUGCAUUGUUCAUUGUAGCACUAUUUGGUAAUAAAAACCCCCCACAUGUUUGUGUAUUUUUAUGUGAAGAUCCUUCUCGUAUUUCAUUUGGAAAGAUGGGCCUUCAUUUUACUCCCCCCUUCUGUUUUUUUGAACGGCAUAUUUUUGCCAUGUUCAGCUCAUUCCCAGCCAAAGGGAUCUACAAUGCAUUGCAGUGCAAAGAUUUGCAGGCCCCUCUGACAGAGAAAGCGCUAACACAAAGAUUAUUCGACUGUUUAAGAGAAAGAUAUUGCCGCAACCUUUGGACAAUUUCCAGAGUUGUGUAUUACUGAGCUUCAUCUUUCCAGAAUGAGCAAAACACUGUCCAGUCUUUGUUACGAUUUUGUAAUAAAUGUGUACAUUUUUUUUAAAUUUUUGGACAUCACAUGAAUAAAGGUAUGUAUGUACGAAUGUGUAUAUAUUAUAUAUAUGACACCUAUUUUGGAAAUGUUUGCCCUGCUGUACCUCAUUUUUAGGAGGUGUGCAUGGAUGCAAUAUAUGAAAAUGGGACAUUCUGGAACUGCUGGUCAGGGGACUCCUUUGUGGCCCCCUGUGCACUAAAGGGCCAGAUUUUCAGCAGCCAAGGACAUCCAUACCCAAGUGAACGUGAUGGGACUUAAGGAAGUGAACUGAGACAACUCACUCUGGCUGUUUGAAAAGCAGCGUUUCAUAGGAAGAAAAAAAAUAAUAAAAAAAAAAGAUCAAUCUUGUAUUUUCUGACCACAUAAAGGCUUCUUCUCUUUGUAAUAAAGUAGAAAAGCUCUCCUCACUGCAGUGUUGACUUUGAUUUGAGAUUGUGAAAUCAUUUGUGGAAUAUUGUGAAGGCUGCAUCAAGUGUGCCCCCUUAGAGACAAACAAAAUCAUCUUGCCAUAUGCCUGGCCUCAAAUUUACAUGUAAAAGGUUUUCCAAACGUAGUAACUGGUCAUCAACAAUUUAUAUAUUUAAUUUUUCAGCAAGUAUGUGUUCGUUUGAUGAAUGUUUGACCAUUUCAUUCCUUUUCCACUUAAUUAUAUUUUUUAUUUUUUAUAUUUCAUUGAAGAUAAAAAAAACCUCACUGUAUAGUAAAAUGAAAAGAAAAAAUAAAGUUCAGUUUAUCAGAGAGUUGUAAAACUUGCAAACUUUAAGCUUGUCAUUCAAAAUAAUUUGCUCCCGUGUUGCUCCACUGUAACCACCACACACUUCGUCUGUGUUAUUGUACGUCUCCAUUGUGUUUUAAUUACAGCUGUAAUGUCAAAGUUUGGUAAAAUAAUUGCAAAUGUGGUUAAAAAUGUGCUUAUGGUUUUACUCCUGAAUAGAGUUUUUGAAAAGGGAUAAUUACUUGAAUAACAGCAGUUUUUGACCGGGACCUGUACAAUUAAACUUCCCC